AUAGGAGUUUGAAAUCGACGCGGGGCAGAAGUGGAAGAGAUGUCAACCACGACAGUGAAAGGGUAAACAAACCCACAAAAAAAUGUGUUCAAUUCUUCUAUUUUGAGAAGUAGCUGGCAAAUAUAAAUGUUUCACGUUUAAGAAGUAAAUUGAUCCGAUUAUCAUUUUCAGCUUUGCAAUGUUUUCUAGACAGUUAGCUAACGUCAGCUGGCUAACUUAGCUAGCUAAGCUAACGUCGCAAAACAACUUAACUAAAGUUAAACAACCAAAUACCAUUGCAUGCAUUGUUGUCUAGCCAGCUCCUGUUGUUUCAUAACAUGUCCGAAUUAUCCAUUUAUAAAUAAAACUAACGUUAACUUUAAACUUUUUGCAGGGGAAGAUGUGCACAUUCAUUGAUUUGUAUACAGAUAACGUUGGAAACAUUUGAAAAAACAUUUUCUUUUGGAAUUGACUUAGGAUUUUAAUAUAUUUAUUUUAUAUAUUUUUUUUACUCAGUCAUGUCUUUAUACUCGAUAUCUGUGAAAAAGCACACAUCUUUUUAUGACAAUUUCUUGACACCAAGGGUUCCUGACACAAAAGACCAAAAAGGAUCAAAGAUAAGCGUGGAGGAAGUUGCGCGAGGAACGAUCAAAGGGGACGAUACGAAAUUAUUGACAUUGGAUAAAACCAAGGAGAUAAACACUACCUAUGUUAACUCAGCGCUGUCAAAAAGCGGAGGUCAGAGGAAUUGCACCCCCGGUCGAGGUCGACUCACUCUACAGAGGAAAACGGGUGCAAACGGCGACAAAGCGAUGAGUGAAAACACAAUGGAAAUCACUCAGAAUAGGACACCUGUACCUGAGAAAAGACUGACGUUGCAACGCAGAACCAGGACUGGUUCAAUUGACAAAAGCGCAAGUAAUGACACCAGCAAAGCAACCGAGAGCUCGAGACAACGCUGUGUCAGCGGUACCGACACCCAUCAUUCCAAAGUUCUCUCAGAAUCAAACCCUCGAACGCCUGUUAGUGCAGUUGUAUUGCGGUCAUUCAGUCUGAGGGACAGCUCAUCUAGAAGUAAAUCAAGAGAAGUUGUUAAUCUUUUAAACACUCCAACUAAAGGAGUCAAACGAUUUGCACCAAAACAGCCAGCAACCCCGGGUAAAGUAGAUGUGACAAAACCAGAGGACCAUACCAGAACUUUUUCAACACCCACGAAAAAUACUCCAUUCGAGAAAAUCACGGCAAAGAAGGAUGCCUUUGAGAGGUUGGCUGGGAAAGAGAUCCCAAAGGUGGUGACAGUAAAAACGGUAGGCCUAGAGAGGCCGAAGACACAUGCACAGGUGACUGUGGAAGCUGCAAAGCCUGUUGCAACUCCCCAUACUAACAACUUUCUGGUCAGUAGUCAAAGAGCAAACGUGACCUCCACCUUGCCGCCAGGGCAGGUGAGAAAGAACUCAAUCCAUGGCGACGUGACCAUGGCUAGGUCCUCGACACCUGCCAUCUCCACCGAGCCUUUGCUCCGACCCAGUGCGAUGCUAAAGCACGAACAGGAUACCCUGAAAAUGGAAAACAGUGCAGUGACAGUUGCGGUCAGAGUGAGGCCAUUCAACACCAGGUACAAAUAUUUAGCAUCUGUUUGUGAUUGAUUGAUUGUUAAUUGAAAUCGCAUUCAGCCAGCUCUAACUACAUUUCUAGUUUGGCAUAAAUAUUGCCGUCUUUGAACUACAACAAUAGUCCACACUUGUAUUCACCCUACUAAUUUGCUUCUACAGUUAUCCAUAAACAGCGAUGUUAAUAAAUGAAAAUUAAAUAUGUAUUUCGUUCAUAUUCAGGGAGAAGAAAGAGAAAGCAUCGCAGGUGAUCUUCAUGGAUAACCAGGAGACUCUUGUCCAACAUCCAGACACCAAGCAGAGCUACUCCUUCGCGUAUGACUUCUCCUUCUGUUCCGUCGACAAAAGUGACCCCGGCUUUGCCAGCCAGCAGACGGUGUAUGAAAAACUAGCUAAGCCACUUCUGGAGAAGGCCUUUGAGGGCUUCAACACCUGUCUGUUUGCAUAUGGCCAAACUGGAUCUGGGAAGUCUUACACGUAAGACUCACUCACUCUCACUCACACACACACAACUUGAGAAGAAACACUCAAAUCGUAUAAUGUAUUGGUCUAAUGCAGGGUUGCCCAAACUCGGUCCUGCCCCCCUGGACUAAUGUAAUGUUCCUUUGUGAAGCAAGCCUAGUUAACUGGUUGCAUCCAUAUGUUCAAUUUGACUGUAUGUUCUUCCGUUACUCUCCUGCAGUAUGAUGGGUUUUGGGGAAGAGGCAGGUGUAACACCAAAAUUCUGCGAGGAGCUCUUCUCUAGGCUGUCUGCGGUUGAAAAUCAGGAGGUACCCUAUUAGCUAUUAAUUCAGAUAAUAUUCCUACCAAGAUGCACAUAUUGUUGACGCUGUUCAGUUAUCAUUCAAUGCAUUUUUUAUGUGGCUGUUGAUGUGUUACAGGUGACAUGUCAUCUGGAGAUGAGCUACUUUGAGGUGUACAAUGAGAAAAUCCAUGACUUGCUCAUCGCCAGGAAUGAACAAAACCAAAAGAGGUUGCCUGUGAGUAGGACAAACUGCCUAAAGAUAACCGAUAUGAAUUGAAACAUGACAUUGCAAUCCUGUCAUUUCUAUUGAAUGGUCCUAUGAACUGCAUUUUUUUCUGUGUAGUUUCUCAAUGCCAUUUUACAUUCUACAUCAAUGAGCUUAAUAAUGACCAAAUGCUCUGUUUUUGUAGUUGAGGGUGAGGGAACAUCCAGUCGACGGGCCUUACGUUUCUGAGCUGUCGACGUGAGCAAACUUAUUCUUUCCAUUUUUAACUUGUUAAAUGUAAUGAUGGAUUGCUAGUCUUAUGGAUUCACUCACUGACUGUAUGUUUGCUCACAGGAACGUGGUGAGCUCCUAUGUGGACAUUCAGGUAAGUUGCUUUGCAGACACUUUCUGAACACUGGGCCACGUUCAGUUACCAAACAUUGUUGAACGUUGCAGAUAGAAAUGCCAUUAAUAGAGCUGAUGUGAUCCUUACUCAACAUGACAGAAAGGCAUGUCUGUCUACAUGGCAUAUUUCUAUCUGAACGUUCCAAAACGUGUCCUGCUGAAUCCGCCCCUGAUAUGUAGCGAGCUCUUUUGAACACUGCUUAGUAAAUGUUUUGUGAAUACACACUCUUCCCAGGGUUGGCUGGAGCUUGGGAACAAGCAGCGAGCCACUGCAGCCACGUGCAUGAACGACAAGAGCUCCCGAUCCCACUCCGUAUUCACUCUGGUUAUGACCCAGACCAAGGUGAACCUCCCCUCCUUGUCUCUUUGUUUGUGUGUGUAUGCUGUUAGAGUUACUUUGCAUCUAAAUGCAUAUUAUCCACACACUGAUGACCAAUGAUUUGUUUCUUCUGAUGAUGAUCUGGGUCUGUUUGUCUUGUGUCCUUUGUGUUUGUGGUUCUUUGUGCCUCUGUUUUUAUGCACACUUGUUUCAUUUGUGUGUCUGUUUGUAUACACACAUACAGGUAACUGCCCAAAUAAAGGAAACACCAACAUAAAGUGUCUUAAUAGGGCAACCACAAUCCAGAACAGCUUCAAUGCACCUUGGCAUAGAUUCUACAAGUAUCUGGAACUCUAUUGGAAGGAUGCAACACCAUUCUUCCAUGAGAAAUUCCAUAAUUGGAUGUUUUGUGUUUGGUGGUGGAAAACACUGUCUCAGGCGACGCUCCAGAAUCUCCCAUAAGUGUUCAAUUGGGUUGAGAUCUGGUGACUGAGACUCCCAUGGAAUAUGGUUUACAUAAUUUUCAUGCUCAUCAAACCAUUGUGACCACUCUUGCCCUGUGGAUGGGAGCAUUGUCAUCUUAUGGGACCUUAGCAAUGGUAGCCAAAAUAAUGGCCUGCCCAGCAUUUUUAUAUACAGUGGGGAAGAAAAGUAUUUAGUCAGCCACCAAUUGUGCAAGUUCUCCCACUUAAAAAGAUGAUAGAGGCCUGUAAUUUUCAUCAUAGGUACACGUCAACUAUGACAGACAAAAUGAGAAAAAAAAAUCCAGAAAAUCACAUUGUAGGAUUUCUAAUGAAUUUAUUUGCAAAUUAUGGUGGAAGAUAAGUAUUUGGUCAAUAACAAAAGUUUCUCAAUACUUUGUUAUAUACCCUUUGUUGGCAAUGACACAGGUCAAACGUUUUCUGUAAGUCUUCACAAGGUUUUCACACACUGUUGCUGGUAUUUUGGCCCAUUCCUCCAUGCAGAUCUCCUCUAGAGCAGUGAUGUUUUGGGGCUGUCGCUGGGCAACACGGACUUUCAACUCCCUCCAAAGAUUUUCUAUGGGGUUGAGAUCUGGAGACUGGCUAGGCCACUCCAGGACCUUGAAAUGCUUCUUACGAAGCCACUCCUUUGUUGCCCGGGCGGUGUGUUUGGGAUCAUUGUCAUGCUGAAAGACCCAGCCACGUUUCAUCUUCAAUGCCCUUGCUGAUGGAAGGAGGUUUUCACUCAAAAUCUCACGAUACAUGGCCCCAUUAAUUCUUUCCUUUACACGGAUCAGUCGUCCUGGUCCCUUUGCAGAAAAACAGCCCCAAAGCAUGAUGUUUCCACCCCCAUGCUUCACAGUAGGUAUGGUGUUCUUUGGAUGCAACUCAGCAUUCUUUGUCCUCCAAACACGACGAGUUGAGUUUUUACCAAAAAUUUCUAUUUUGGUUUCAUCUGACCAAAUGACAUUCUCCCAAUCCUCUUCUGGAUCAUCCAAAUGCACUCUAGCAAACUUCAGACGGGCCUGGACAUGUACUGGCUUAAGCAGGGGGACACGUCUGGCACUGCAGGAUUUGAGUCCCUGGCGGCGUAGUGUGUUACUGAUGGUAGGCUUUGUUACUUUGGUCCCAGCUCUCAGCAGGUCAUUCACUAGGUCCCCCCGUGUGGUUCUGGGAUUUUUGCUCACCGUUCUUGUGAUCAUUUUGACCCCACAGGGUGAGAUCUUGCGUGGAGCCCCAGAUCGAGGGAGAUUAUCAGUGGUCUUGUAUGUCUUCCAUUUCCUAAUAAUUGCUCCCACAGUUGAUUUCUUCAAACCAAGCUGCUUACCUAUUGCAGAUUGAGACUUCCCAGGCUGGUGCAGGUCUACAAUUUUGUUUCUGGUGUCCUUUGACAGCUCUUUGGUCUUGGCCAUAGUGGAGUUUGGAGUGUGACUGUUUGAGGUUGUGGACAGGUGUCUUUUAUACUGAUAACAAGUUCAAACAGGUGCCAUUAAUACAGGUAACGAGUGGAGGACAGAUGAGCCUCUUAAAGAAGAAGUUACAGGUCUGUGAGAGCCAGAAAUCUUGCUUGUUUGUAGGUGACCAAAUACUUAUUUUCCACCAUAAUUUGCAAAUAAAUUCAUUAAAUAUCCUACAAUGUGAUUUUCUGGAUUUUUUUUCUCAAUUUGUCUGUCAUAGUUGACGUGUACCUAUGAUGAAAAUUACAGGCCUCUAUCAUCUUUUUAAGUGGGAGAACUUGCACAAUUGGUGGCUGACUAAAUACUUUUCUUCCCCACUGUAUGACCCUAAGCAUGAUGGGAUGUUAAUUGCUUAAUUAACACCUAUUUUGUAUCCCUCAUUUACUCAAGUGUUUCCAUUAUUUUGUCAGUUACCUGUAUGUUUCACGUGUGUGUGUGUGACUGUUCUUCCUUUGUCUGUGUAGACUGAGUUUGUGGAAGGGGAAGAACAUGACCACAGGAUCACCAGCAGGAUCAACCUGGUGGACUUGGCAGGCAGCGAACGUUGCUCCUCAGCCCAGACCAGCGGAGACCGCCUCAGGGUAAGCGCUGGUAAUAGAGGUCUGCGCGGGACUGAUUUCUUCAUCCUGCUCCCGCAGCUUUUAAUACCGCUCCCGCUGACUUCUUGUCCGACUCCCACCCGCUCCCACAAGAACUGGUCCCGAACCCAACCGCAGUCCCGCAAUGUUCUUUUAGGUGUAGCCUAUGUGACGCAGCACCAGUCCCAGCAAUUUUGCCACCCUAGGCAAUAUCAAAAUGUGCCAUAAUAGCAUAAGAAAUAGGUUAAAAUACCAGAGAUUCUCACGUGGCCUAUUAUAUUAGGUUAUCUUUAUUAUUGUGCUAUAUCAGCCAAUAGGCUAGACGUAUUUUGAAAGAGAGAAAGGUUUGGGCGAAAUAGAAUAGGAGAGCGGACAUUUGCACUUGACUUGAGCUACUUUUUGCAUAACUUUUACGAGCGGGACGAUUUGCAGACAGUAAAAUGUGUUAUAAAUAUUUCUUUCCAGUCAAUGUCAGAGCCUAAAUAUACCCUAGUUAUCAUAUUUAGGAAGUUAAUUUCCUUGAAAAUACAACUAGGUUGUGCUUCUCCACCCAUGCAUAUAGAGACGAUUUGCAGGCAUAGACAAAUAAACGUGUUAUCAAUAUUUAUUUCAAGUCAAUGUCGGAGCCUAAACUAUAGCCUAUCAUAUAUUAGGAAGUGAAUUUCCUUGGAAAGACAUUUCCCACUUUUUGUCAUUCCUUUUUUGCAAAGUUCAGAACCAGUGAAAUUGGAGCCAACCUGUUAUCUCUAUCAAAUCCAUCCAGCCUAACUGUAUCCUAUUCCCCUGUAUCCCAGGAGGGUUCCAGCAUCAACAAGUCGCUGCUGACCUUGGGGAAGGUGAUCUCUGCCCUGUCUGAGCAGGCCCAGACCAAGAGGAAGGUCUUCACCCCAUACAGGGACUCUGUGCUCACAUGGUGAGUGAGAGAAACUUCACUGACAGACUAAAGAGAUGAAUGCCUGUUAUACAGACACUUGGGAUGGGCUCCAUUCCAUUAUAAUCUAGUCGAUUGAGAGAUUGAAUUGAAAUGGAAUCGACCCCUACCCUGCCACAGAUUUACAUUUUAGUAAUUUAGCAGACACUCUUAUCCAGAGCGACUUACAGUUAGUGAGUGCAUACAUUUUCAUACUGCAUAUAUUUUCACACCACAGUAUUGUAAACUACAAACACAUUUCAUCAAGCUUUUGAAACUAAUGAGGAGAUAUUGAGAUUUACAUUCCUCAAUAGAAUACAUUGGUACUAUUUAACAUUGAUAAACUGUGUGGGGAAAAGAUAAUGGUUUGUGUUGGUGGUAAAGUAACUACCUAUACAAGAUAUCCUUAUGAAAUUGCGAGAGGUUGGUGAAGUAAAGUAAGAAGUUUGCGAAGUAAGUAGUUUUGUCGAGAGGGAAACUGAAUAUCGUUUGUGUCGCCCGUGUGUGUCCAGGCUGCUGAAGGAGAGCCUGGGCGGAAACUCCAAGACGGCCAUGAUCGCCACCCUGAGCCCGGCGGGCAUCAACGUGGAGGAGAGCCUGAGCACGCUGCGGUACGCCAAGCAGGCCCGCAUGAUCAUCAACGUGGCCAAGGUCAACGAGGACACCAACGCCAAGCUCAUCAGAGGUCAGCCUCACUCUCCCUCGCCAUGCCACCAUCCAUCUCUCUGCCUUUCUCUCUCUCUUUUUCCUAUCUAUCCAUCACCAGAUUCUAUUAGGUAGCCCGGCUCUAACCUUGCCUACGGGACAUAUUUAUACACUGUCACAUUACACGGGGCUAAGUCAACUGUCAUGCAGGUAUUAUUGAAAGGAGAUUGCUGCGCCACAUUUCCUGGUUUGUGGUGCUAGGGGGAGCUCUUGCAAAAGCUUUAUUUGACCAGGGAAUGGGAAACAGUGCAGAGAUUUUGAGACCAUCUACCGUUUGUGGUUUGUCACCAUAUUAUGUGUAUUAAAGGGUAGGUUGCAAGUAUAAGUUGCCUUUUGACAGUCAUACAUGUGAUCGUUAUGAACAAAAGCUCAUACAAAAUGGCACCUCACUUUUCUGUUAUAGCGGAAAUUUAACAAACUAUGUUGUGCGUCUUUGUUUACUAGAGCUGAAAGCUGAGGUGGAGAAGCUGCGGGCUGCACAGAUGAGCUCUCAGGGCAUCGAGCCGGAGAAAAUGCGCCUCUUCCAGCAAGAGAUCUUAGCUCUGAAGAGCCAGUUAACCCAGCAGGAGAGGGAGAUGGCCGAGGCCCACAGGUGACCACCAUAAAACCUCCACACAUCUUAGGCACUAGUCCCAGAGAGGGUCUGUGAUCUAGGUAGGAAAUUAUGAAAAUGGAUCCGAACAAUUGUUUUAGUCUUGGUUUGUUACUUUAAUCGGAUUUCUUUACCUCUUGUCAGAGCAUGGAGAGAAAAGCUGGAGCAGGCGGAGAAACGCAAACGUGAGGAAACCAAAGCAUUACAGGUCAGUUUUAGUUAGGUUAUAAGCUAACUGAAAAUGACCUUUAGCUUCAUAACUAGGGUUGCAAAGGGAGCGUAUAUUACUGGAAACUUUUUAAGUUAACAGUAAACUACCAGAAUUUUGUGAACUUUCAUGUUUUUAUUUUAUCAGAUCACAUCUUGUGGCCUUUUUGGGUACUUCAGAUUACCACAGGUGUCUGUAAUUAUCUCUGGCCCUCUAUGUGGCCUUAUCACAUGUAAAAUAUAUAAAAUAAUCAAAUAAGAUUUUUUUAAAAUAAUUGUAUAAAAAAGCUGCUAUCCUAAAUAUAAACCAACUCAGGGAAUACCAUUGGUGUUUUAAUAUGAGGGUUUCAGCAAUAUUUGUUGUAAAUGUUUUCAAAAUCAAUUCUCUCCUAUAUUUGUCUGCUUCCCUCUCCCCGUCUCCCUCUCAGAAAGCGGGCGUCAUGUUUAAGGUGGACAACCGGCUGCCCAACCUGGUAAACCUGAACGAGGACCCGCAGCUGUCAGAGAUGCUGUUAUACAUGAUUAAGGAGGGACAGACCAAGGUCGGCAAGCACAAGUCAGAGUCCGCCCACGACAUCCAGCUGUCUGGGGCCCUUAUCGCUGACCACCACUGGUGAGGAGAACUGACCCACCGCUUCUUUUGUUUUAAAUAGCCUCUUUUAAUAAGGGGAAGCACCGUAGCCUCGUUUAGCCUACUAAUGAGUCCUGUCUGUCACGUGCUUAUAUUUUCAUGUUUGUUUGACAUAGUGUAAUUUGUUGUCAUUCUUGACCUGUCUGUCCUUCUGUCUGUCCGUAGAUUUUUUUUCUGCAGUUUAUUUAAUAGGAAACACCCCUAUUCCAGUGCCCUUUUGUUGUCUUUCUUGUAUGGUUUCAGUUGUGUUAUGGCUAGAAUUGACUAAAAUGUUCCUUUCCAGUGUCAUUUCCAAUGUGAAUGGUGAAGUCAGCAUCAUCCCCAUGGAAAACGCCAAGACCUUUGUCAACGGGAACCUGGUCUCUGAGACCACUGUGCUGCAUCACGUACGUAUUGUGUACACACAUACAAUUAAUAAUAAAAAGCACAAUAUUAGAAACCUGACUGUGAGCUCAAUCAUGAAUCACUCAUUUUUUGGGGGUCUUUCUCUCUGUGGUUUCCAGGGCGACAGGGUGAUCCUGGGCGGGGACCACUACUUCCGCUUCAACCACCCGGCAGAGGUGCAAUCUGGGAAACGCGUGUCGUGCUGGACGGGUGACGGCGAUGGCCGUAAGGACUUUGAGUUUGCCAAAAACGAGCUGCUCUCCGCGCAAAGAGCACAGUGAGUCGACCACAAGAUUCAGAAACUAUUUCAAUAUGAUUCCUAUCACACGUCAAUGUGAAUAACUGAAAGUCCCAUUUGUACUCUGUGAAAAGAUUUUUAGAUCACAUUGAUGAUCAAUACUGCACUCGUUCGGAAACUUGUUAAUGCAACUAGGCGGCCAUUUUGUUUCUAUCUAGACUGGAAGAGGAGAUUGAGGAGGCCAGGCUGAAGGCCAAAGAGGAGAUGAUGCAGGGGAUCCAGGUGGCCAAAGAGAUGGCCCAGAAGGAGCUGUCUGACCAGAAGACUCAGUAUGAGAACAGGAUCAAAGCCCUGGAGAGAGAACUGGUACGCCAACCAUGGCUUUACGGACAUGUAGGACUAAUGUGUAUGAAAACACUGACAAAUUUAGGGCACUGCCUUCACAUCAGACCUCAUGUAAAGUACAAUGGUGUCUUCACUGUCUUGUAUAAAGUGAGUCAUUUGGUGUAACAGUGUCAUGUCAGGGCUACUGAAUUUACCAAUGACCAGCUAAAUCAGACGCACCACAAAUAGUUUUAAGUAUUUCAUAUGCAUUUGACGUGUUGGCUACUUAUCCGUCACUCGGUGUAACAUUUUGUAGUCAUAGUCAUAAAACUAAGUGUUUUCUCGGGCCAAUUUAAUUUGUAAAUAAUUUUCAAGAGGAGCGCCUCUUUUCGGUUGGUGACCGUGCCAUUGGCCACUGCCAUGCCAACGCCUAAGCUCCGUUUUGAUUCAGAAAAAACCCUGCAACGGUGUAACAUUUUGUAGUCAGUCGUUCAGUAUAACAUUUUGAAGUCAUUAGCUCCAACUGCUGACAGAUUUCAAUGCGAAUGUAAAAAUGUUUUCCCACCAGAGAUGUUUCCAUCAAAUUGACUUGUUGCAGAAAAAAGCCUGUUCGUGAUGGCGUAGUACACAUCAAAAUUACUUUUGCGGUUAAAUUCCCAUGUACUGAACAAAAAAUACAAGUUAAAUGGGUUUCUAUCGCAUUUUCAACUUUACUGAUGGUUUUGUCUCAACAAAUGAUGCGUUAUAUAGCGAAUUUACCCACUUUGGUCUUGGCACAUGCGCUCUAGCCAACAGCUUGCAGAUACAGUGCGGGUAGGCUACCUACAUGAUGAGAUUAUUAUGGAUAAGAGCAGCCAAACAGCAGCCAAGCAUCAGCCAAGCAUUGAUCAUGUCACCAGAAUAAGACCCUCAACAUUUAAUUGAAAGGAGCAUCAAGCUUCUCACGUGCACUUUCACCACCCUGUGAAGUUAAUCUGAAGCCUAAUAAACUGCAUGCUUUCCUGAGUCGUAGUGGGAGGACCACAGAACAUAUAAUCGCAUGAUUAAGUUUAUUUCAAUAUGAUGGUUAUUAAAUCAGUAUUUGCGCAUACAUUACACCAUUUCUCAUAAUACAUUUUACAGAACCAAAAAGAUCCCAACUUGUCUAGCGAAAGUUUACCAAAAAAAUUGCUGUUUCCAUCAGGCCUGUCGUGACAUUAAAAGGUUUGAUGGAAACCUGGUUACAGACAGUCCUACAACGGUGUAACAUUUUGUAGUCAUAGUCAUACAACGGUGUAUGUAAGUUUGCUUUUUUACAACCAAAUCUCUAUUGUUUAUGUAAAUAUAAUUUUAUAGAAGGGUUCAGACACUUUUAAUUUUUUUGAUUUCACUUGUUGAGAAACUUACACCAACCAGCGAUUCACUUCCUCAGCCUAGUUCUGCAGUAUGGGGGCUCAGAAAAUACAUAAAGCAAAUGCUCCAAAAACACCCAACUAUGUCCUUUUAGAAACGGAAACACUCUCAGUAUAGCGAAAUUGUCAUUCCGAACUUUAUCUGCAACGUUAUAUUCCAUUUUGUGCGACUCGAGCUGUUUCCCUUUUCCAGCUGUUCCAUUCUCAGUGUAGCCUACUGCUAGAAUGUACAAAGAGGUAUCGCUCGAGUCACAACAAAAUGCAGUAUAAUGUUGCGGAUAACGUUCGGAAUGACACAAUUUCAUGUGUAGAACAUCAUAAGACCUGCAUCAUUAUACUGAGCUUUUCCGUAAGUUUCUCAAAAACAAGUGAAAUCGAAUCCUUCUAUAACAUGCCAUUUAUUUAUAUAUAUAUAAAUAAAUAAAUGUGGUUGUAAAAAAGCUACAUUCUCAUUUAAAGGGCCAGUGCAGGCAAAAUUUAGUUUUGCUUUUGUUUUGUAUCAUAUUGUACAACAGCUGAUGAAACUAACACUGUAAAAGUGUGACAUUGUUUUGACCAGUGUUAUUUCCUGAUAGUUGCUGGUUGAAAAUACAAUCUGCACAGGUUUGUAUGGGUGGGAGUUUCGGCUUUCGUGGUGACACGGAAUAGACCAAUAUCAAAGAAUUCCAAACCUUUACCAAUAACAGCUAGUUUUAAGUUUUCCCCACCCCACUCAGACCACUCCCAGACAGUCCUAGCAAAAUUCUUGCUUGAGAAAUAGUUUUUUGCUAAAAAGGUAUUUUUACCCACUUGAAUGGAAAUCUAUUACAGUAAGGUACUUAAUUGUUACACAGAAAUUAUUUGAUAUAAAAACAACUGCAUUGGACCUUUAAGACCUUUUACUCAUCACAACGGUGCUUUCCUUCCCGCAGGAGGAGGAGAGCGAAAGGAAGCGGUGUCAAGAAAUGGACCAGCAGCGGGUGGUCUCCAAGAUGGAGGAGCUGCAGUCUGCCAAGGUGGAGCUGGAGCAGGAGGUGGACACGCACAAGACACGUCUCCGCCUCCACAUGGAGGCCCAGGCCACACGGCAGGCCAUGGCCGAUCACGGUGUCCGGCAGGCCAAGGUGGUGGAGGCCCUUGAGGCAGAGAAGAGGAAGAUCGGCAAAGACCUAGAGGAUAUGCAAAGGAAAGUGGCGCAGAAAGGAAGCCAGACUCUGAAAAACGGUAAACCAUUGUUGGGAAUUUUCAUCUUCUGUGUUGUAUUCACGAGAAAUCGCAAGGAAGUGUAUGAAUCAGAGAUUAGAUCGGACAACAAUGUAAAUAGGAAAGGUUUAACUAAUAGCUAGCGUUGUGUUGUGAAGAUAAUUGUUGUUUCCAUUACGUCACAACAUGGUUCUGGUGUUGUAGCUAGUUACAGUUCUGGUGACCUGGGGUGUAUUCAUUAGUCCACACCAUAGCAAACCAUAGAAAAAUGUUAUGCAAAGGAAACGAGAGUUUCCAUUGGACAAACUCAGGUAGGUCCCUCCCUGUUUGGUUCUGUUUGCUUUUGUUUUGUUCCUAGAAAAUACACCCAUGCUGUGUGGUCUGUUGUUUAAGUCCCUCCACAGUGGGACGCCAUGAAGUUGUCUCUGAUGAUCGAAGAAGCCAACAAGAUCAGUGGCAAACUCAUGAAGAACACAGUUUUCAGCAGGUACGAGUGGAGAUAAUCAAAAUCUUUAGAUCCCAUUUUAUAUAAAAUAGUUCUUUGUUUUGCUGCAUAUUGAGAUAGAUCUAGCAGGAAAUUAUUUCACUCAUUUUAUUUCAUUUAUUUAACCUUUAUUUAGACAGGGUGAAGUCCCAUUGAGUCCAAGGUCUAUUUUUUCAAGGAAGCCCUGCAUUAUAUGCCAUCCCUUAUCUUGUCAUCUACUUUUUAGAUUGAUCUCAAUCUUAAUUUUGUUUUUAGACACGAGGAGUCUGAGAAGGAGGGCGGAGGGGGAAAGGGAGAGCUGCAGGUCCAGGUGCAGAACACCAAACUGGGCAUCUCCACCUUCUGGAGUCUGGAGAAGUUCCAGAGCAACCUGGCCGCCAUGAGGGAACUCGAACAGGUCAGUAACAGACAUUGAGUUAUUCCUUGCUACUAAUGCAUAUGUUGUCCAUUUGAAUUUAAAGAGCUGUGUUUGGUGCAUUAAAAAAAUAAAUGUGGAUGCUCUCUGGUUAAUCUAGUUGGUAGUUAUCAUACCACUAUCAGGUCGAUUUAGACUGCGUUCUCCCACCCUGUCUGUCUCACACUCAACCAGUGGAACAGUAAGUCCGCCCUUUGUGGAUUCUGCCGGUGCACACCUAAUUUACAAAACGAUUGUUUAUGCAUGAGGGGCAUCCUCCGUUCCUGUAGUUUCUCAUUAAGCUGAAUAAAUGAGACUGGGGUUAACUGAGCAGUCAUUUAUUCUCCUUCCCCAGGGUGACAGCAGCGCCUCUAAAGAUGAAGACGUGUUUUACGACCCCAAUGAUGAGUGGGAGCAAGAUAUAUCGGCUUCCUCAACCGCCUCCUUUUCACGCAGAAGGUAAUUUCUAAUGUACGUCCCAAAUGGCACCCUAUUCUCUAUAUAGUACACUACUUUUGACCAGGCCCCAUAGGGCUCUGGUCAACAGUAGUGCACUAUGUACAGAAUAGGGUGCCAUUUUGGGACACAAACCUAGUCUCUCCUCUUUACAAUUUGUCUAUCCUCCUCAAUUGAACUCAAACACUUGCAAAAAUGUGUCAAAGUAAGUUGAAUAUGAUGAAUGUGGAAAACCGUGUUUUUGAGCUCACUUGAGAGCCAACAUAGAAAACUAUAAUUUGUUGAACAUAUGGAACGCGUUGGGUUAUUUUUUUUCUACAGCGCUCUUAUUGAUAUUUCCACUCUGUUGAUUUACUACUUGGCACAUCCUGGAAGUUCAAUGUGUCAUUUUUCUUCACCUCAGUGUGAAAUAACCACACAGAAACAUUUCCCUAAUUUCUUCCCCUCCUAGAGAGCGAGUGUUUUUUAAAAACUUUUUGGGAAAGGCCAGCCAGCAUUCCUAUGUUCUCUCUCCACUGCCCACAAACCUCGCAGUGACUUUUUUUCCCCACUUUAUUUUUCUUGUUGGCCAUGUUUAUGGGCUUGGUGGUGCCUGCGGUGAAGGAGAGGAGGCCAAAUGAAACAUGGCAAAUGUCUCGGUCUCUCUCGCUACUCACUCUCACCUGAAUCCUCUGGAGCUUACCCUGAACCCACUAGCAGCCACAGCUAGUGCUCUGUCUGUCUCUGUCGGUCGGUCGGUCUGUCUGUGUGUCUCUCUCUUUGUCUCUGUCUGUCUCCCAUAGCCCUGCUUUUCCCGAAGUGUGCACUUGCACACUCCCCGUCAUGGAUUUUAAAAGCUUUGGAUUUUCUGUAGGCCUUAGCUGGAGGGAGUUCACCAUUUUUUAAAAUCCAUGACGGGAGUAUACAAGUGUGGGGAAUCAGGACGCUGCCCGAGAGAACACUCACAUUCUGCCGACAAUGUUUGGAUCUCAGUUAUUGAAAAUGGCCUCUCUUGUCCUGUCUCCUCUCCUUCAUCUGCACUGAUCUGAUAACAUAGGAUUGGUGAAUGAAAUGAGGCUGGUGCGUGGUGCCUAUCAGACAUGAAUUUGCUUUCAGAUCAGUAAAAGUUGGUGAUGAGGCAACGCUGUUUUAGACUGUUGAGAUCCAUUCCAAGACACAUUAGUAAUGUGUGCUUUUUGUUGUUUGUUCCCCACCAUUAUAGGAGCAGAAGCCUGUUGAAGAGCAGGAGGAUUUCAGGGCGUCUCUACGAAAUCAGAGUGCACCCUAUUCAAAGCCUUCAUAAAAGUAACACCUCACAGUCCUCUGGUAUGUGUGUGUUGUGUUGUGCGGUCCUGCGUGUGUGUGUGUGUAAGACAGUGAAGGACUUUUAGUCUCUUUUGCCAGACUACCGCAUAUACAGUUGAAGUCGGAAGUUUACAUACACCUUAGCCAAAUACAUUUAAACUCAGUUUUUCACAAUUCCUGACCUUUAAUACUAGUAAAAAUUCCCGGUUUUAGGUCAGUUAGGAUCACCACUUUAUUUUAAGAAUGUGAAAUGUCAGAAUAAUACUAGAGUGAUUUAUUUCAGCUUUUAUUUAUUUCAGCACAUUCCCAGUGGGUCAGAAGUUUACAUAUACUCAAUUAGUAUUUGGUAGCAUUGCCUUUUAAAUUGUUUAACUUGGGUCAAACGUUUCGGGUAGCCUUCCACAAGCUUCCCACAAUAAGUUGGAUGAAUUUUGGCCCAUUCCUCCUGACAGAGCUGGUGUAACUGAGUCAGGUUUGUAGGCCUCCUUGCUCACACACGCCUUUUCAAUUCUGCCCACACAUUUUCUAUAGGAUUGAGGUCAGGGCUUUGUGUUGGCCACUCCAAUACUUGACUUUGUUGUCCUUAAGCCAUUUUGCCACAACUUUGGAAGUAUGCUUGGGGUCAUUGUCCAUUUGGAAGACCCAUUUGCGACCAAACUUUAACUUCCUGACUGAUGUCUUGAGAUGUUGCUUCAAUAUAUCCACAUCAUUUUCCUUCCUCAUGAUGCCAUCUAUUUUGUGAAGUGCACCAGUCCCUGCUGCAGCAAAUCACCCCCACAGCAUGAUGCUGCCACCCCUGUGCUUCACGGUUGGGAUGGUGUUCUUUUGGCUUACAAGUAUCCCCCUUUUUCCUCCAAACGUAACGAUGGUCAUUAUGGCCAAACGGUUCAAUUUUUGUUUCAUCAGACCAGAGGACAUUUCUCCAAAAAGUACGAUCUUUGUCCCCAUGUGCAGUUGCAAACCGUAGUCUGGCUUUUUUAUGGCGGUUUUGGAGCAGUGGCUUCUUCCUUGCUGAACGGCCUUUCAGGUUAUGUCGAUAUAGGACUCGUUUUACUGUGGAUAUAGAUACUUUUGUACCUGCUUCCUCCAGCAUCUUCACAAGGUCCUUUGCUGCUGUUCUGGGAUUGAUUUGCACUUUUCGCACCAAAGUACGUUAAUCUCUAGGAGACAGAACGCGUCUCCUUCCUGAGCGGUAUGAAUGCUGCGUGGUCCCAUGGUGUUUAUACUUGCGUAUUAUUGUUUGUACAGAUGAACGUGGUGCCUUCAGGCGUUUGGAAAUUUCUCCCAAGGAUAAACCAGACUUGUGGAGAUCUAUAAUUUUUUUUCUGAGGUCUUGGCUGAUUUCUUUUGAUUUUCCCAUGAUGUCAAGCAAAGAGGCACUGAGUUUGAAGGUAGGCCUUGAAAUACAUCCACAGGUACUCCUCCAAUUGACUAAAAUGAUGUCAAUUAGCCUAUCAGAAGCUUCUAAAACCAUAACAUAAUUUUCUGGAAUUUAACAAGCUGUUUAAAGGCACAGUCAACUUAGUGUAUGUAAACUUCUGACCCACUGGAAUUGUGAUACAGUGAAUUAUAAGUUAAAUAAUCUGUCUGUAAACAAUUGUUGGAAAACUUACUUGUGUCAUGCACAAAGUAGAUGUCCUAACCGACUUGCCAUCCUAAGUGUAUGUAAACUUCCGACUUCAACUGUAGAUAUGAAAGAAUGGUAUAACGUUAGGUGUAAAAAAAAAUGGCCUACAGUUAUUGCUCUCGUAGUCCACAUGGAGUUUCCUUCAUAUUUCACGUAAUGAUUUUGGCCAACUUGUCUGUCUCCGUUCCAGGUCUGAUGGGUGUGGCCAAACCGCCCUCUCUGCAUCCCAGCUCAUCAGACUCCACCCUGCCGGGGAUCUGCAAAGAUUUUAUUGGCCAGACGGUGGGCCAGCUGCACGGGUGUCACAACUACGAGGAGAGCAUGGCAGACAGGCUGACCUCUGACCUCUACUGUGUGUACACGGCCGUGACGACCAUCUCCGGCCUGUACGACGGCCUGGACGAUGACCGUCAGGAGAGCGGUAAGUCUGCAUCUCAAAAUUCACAAUGUUCCAUGGCUCAAUGUUCCAUGGCUCAGUAGGUUAUGUGCUGGCAACACCAGGCGCCGGUUGCACCAGUUGGUUGUAAGUGGGUUGUAAAUUUACGUCCAAUGUAAAAUGUGCUCUACGCUGCACCUAAAAAUGAUACCUGUUGCACCACCUGGGCGUAAGCCCUAAUACGAGCUACGCCUAGGCGUAGUCUACUCGGUGUAGAAUCUACCUUCAUCAUGAUAUGCACAGAAAAUAAUAGCUAUCUAUAUUUUCGAAAGGAUGUGAGUCUCGUGUUUAUAUUUCACAACCUCCGCUGGCUUUUUGAGUUGUCUAAGCGCGAGUCAAUAGCAAAAUAAUACACUUGAUUUAUACUACAUUAUAGCAUGCCUAAUGUGUCUGAUCAGAUAUUAGCAAACUAAUAGAUGCGCUGCCACCUCCACUUAUUUGCCCAGCCAGAGAUCAAAUAACCAAAUAUACAGACAAAAAUCACAUUGAUUAUCAGAGAAGUCAAGGGCUUUUAGUCAGGGUUAUAGCCUAGGCUACUAUGUGAGUGAAGAGCAAAAUAAUCACCUCUUAUACUACGCUAGCGUAGGCAAAACAUUCUAGCAAAAUGUUCUGAUAACACUGUUAGAAGAGCAAACUAGACUUUUGCUCUAGGAUUUUGCCUGUGCUUAGCUCUAUUUCAUUUAUUUUUAUCUUUAAAAACUCCCUACUCCUUGCCGAUUACAAGCAUACCCAUAACAUGAUGCAGCCAACACCGUGCUUGGAAAUUAUGAAGAGUGGUACUCAGUGAUGUGUUGUGUUGGAUUCGCCCCAAACAUAAAGUUAAUUUCUUUGCCACAUUUUUUUUGCUGUUUAAAUUUAGUGCCUUACUGCAAACAGGAUGCAUGUUUUGAAAUAUUUUUGUUCUGUACAAGCUUCCUUCUUUUCACUCUGUCAUUUAGGUUAGUAUUGUGGAGUAACUACAAUGUUGUUGAUCCAUCCUCAGUUUGCUCCUAUCUCAGCCAUUAAACUCUGUAACUGUUUUAAAGUUAACCAUUGUCCUCAUGGUGAAAUCCCUGAGUGGUUUCCUUCCUCUCUGGGCAACUGGAAGACGCCUAUAUCUUUGUAGUGACUGGGAUUUGCCCCAAACAUAACACUUUGUAUUCAGGACAUUAAGUAAAUUUCUAUGACACAUUUUUUGCAGUUUUACUUUAGUGCAUUAUUAUUAUUAUUAUUACAGGAUGCAUGUUUUGGAAUAUUUUUUAUUCUGUACAGGUGUCCUCCUUUUCAGUCUGUUUUUUUGGUUAAUAUUGUGGAGUAACUGCAAUGUUGUUGAUCCAUCCUCAGUUUUCUCCUAUCACAGGCAAUACACUCUAACUAUUUUAUAAUCCCUGAGUGGUUCAAAACAAAUUGUAUGUGUCACAUGCUUCGUAAACAACCGGUGUAGACUAACAGUGAAAUGCUUACUUAUGGGCCCUACCCAACAAUGAAUAGUCGAAAAAAAAGAGUAGAAAACAUAUUAAAAUAAUAACAAGGAAUAAAUUGAAAAGCUAUUUGCGGUCAUAGGAAACGAUGGCGGAAACAUUAUGUACAAAAAAAGUUAAGAUCAGCACAAAAUAGCACAAUUGGUCAGGAGCCCCUCUCAGACAACUGAGUUUGGAAGGACGCCUGUAUCUUUGUAGUGACUGGUGUAUUGAUACACCAUCCAAAGUGUAAUUAAUUACCUUCACCAUGCUCAAAAGGAUAUUCAUUGUGUGUAAUAUAUAUAUAUAUAUUACACACAGUACCAGUCAAAAGUUUGGAUACACCUACUCAUUCAAGUUUUUUUUUCUUUAUUUUUACAAUUUUUUACAUUGUAGAAUAAUAGUGAAGACAUCAAAACUAUGCCACCAUUUGCCUUGAUGACAGCUUUGCAAACUCUUGGCAUUUUCUCAACCAGCUUCAUGAGGUAGUCACCUGGAAUGCAUUUCAAUUAAUAGGUGUGCCUUCUUAAGUUAAUUUGUGGAAUUUAUUUUAUUCUCAAUGCAUUUGAGCCAAUCAGUGUUGUGACAAGGUAGGGGGGUAUACAGAAGAUAGCCCUAUUUGGUAAAAGACUAAGUCCAUAUUAUGGCAAGAACAGUUCAGAUAAGCAAAGAGAAAUGACAGUCCAACAUUACUUUAAGACAUGAAGGUCAGUCAAUGCGGAACAUUUAAAGAACUUUGAACGUUUCUUUAAAUGCAGUUGCAAAAACCAUCAAGCGCUAUGAUGACUGCAUCUCGUGAGGACUGCUACCGGAAUGGAAGACCCUGAGUUACCUCUGCUGCAGAGGAUGAGUUCAUUAGAGUUACCAGCCUCAGAAAUUGCAGCCCAAAUAAACGCUUCAGAGUUCAAGUAACAGACACAUCUCAACAUCAACUGUUCAGAGGAGACUGUGUGAAUCAGGCCUUCAUGGUCAAAUUGCUGCAAAGAAACCACUACUAAAGGACACCAAUAAGAAGAUGAGACUUGCUUUGGCCAAGAAACACAAGCAAUGUACAUUAGACCGGUGGAAAUUUGUCCUUUGGUCUUGAGUCCAAAUUUGAGAUUUUUGGUUCCAACCGCCUUGUCUUUGUCAAACGCGGUGUGGGUGAACGGAUGAUCUCCGCAUGUGUAUUUCCCACCGUAAAGGAUGGAGGAGGAGGUGUUGUGGUGUGGGGGUGCUUUGCUGGUGACAAUGUCUGUGAUAUUUAGAAUUCAGGGCACAGCUAACCAGCAUGCCUACCACAGCAUUCUGCAGCGAUACGCCAUCCCAUCUGGUUUGGGCUUAGUGGGACUGUCAUUUGUUUCUCAACAGGACAAUGACCCAUCAAACAUCCAGGCUGUGUAAGGUCUAUUUUACCAAGAAGGAGAGUGAUUGAGUGCUGCAUCAGAUGACCUGGCCUCCACAAUCCCCGACCUCAACCAAAUUGUGAUGGUUUGGGAUGAGUCGGACUGCAGAGUGAAGGAAAAGCAGCCAACAAGUGCUCAGCAUAUGUGGGAACUCCUUCAAGACUGUUGGAAAAUCAUUCAAGGUGAAGCUGGUUGAGAGAAUGCCAAUAGUGUGCAAAGCUGUCAUCAAGGUAAAGGGUGGCUAUUUGAAGAAUCUCAAAUAUGAAAUAUAUUUUGAUUUGUUUAACACAUUUUUGGUUACUACAUGAUUCCAUAUGUGUUAUUUCAUAGUUUUGAUGUUUUCACUAUUAUUCUACAAUGUAGAAAAUAAUAAAAAUAAAGAGAAACCCUGGAAUGAGUAGGUAUGUCCAAACUUUUGACUGGUACUGUGUGUGUACACUACUGUUAAAAAGUUUGGGAUCACUUAGAAAUGUCAUUGUUUUCAAAAAAUAAAAUAAAUACAAAGUUCAUUAAAAUAACAUCAAAUUGAUCAGAAAUACAGUGUAGACAUUGUUAAUGUUGUAAAUAGCCAUUGUAGCUGGAAACGGCAGAUUUUUUUAUGGAAUAUCUACAUAGGCGUACAGAGGCCCAUUAUCAGCAACCAUCAGUCCUGUGUUCCAAUGGCACGUUGUGUUUGCUAAUCCAAGUUUAUCAUUUUAAAAGGCUAAUUGAUCAUUAGAAAACCCUUUUGCAAUUAUGUUAGCACAGCUGAAAACUGUUGUUCUGAUUAAAGAAGCAAUAAUACUGGCCUUGUUGAGUAUCUGGAGCAUCAGCAAUUGUGGAUUCGAGAACAGGCUCAAAAUGGCCAGAAACAAAGAACUUUCUUGUGAAACUAUUCUUUCUUCAGUCUAUUCUUGUUCUGAAAAAUGAAGGCUAUUCCAUGCGAGAAAUUGCCAAGAAACUGAAGAUCUCAUACAACGCUGUGUACUACUCCCUUCACAGAACAGCGCAAACUGGCUCUAACCAUAAUACUGUAGAAAGAGGAGUGGGAGGCCCCGGUGCACAACUGAGCAAGAGGACAAAUACAUUAGUGUCUACACAGGUCCUCAACUGGCAGCUUAAUUAAAUAGUACCGGCAAAAGAGGCGACUCCGGGAUGCUGACCUACUAGGCAGAGUUGCAAAGAAAAAGCCAUAUCUCAGACUGGCCAAUAAAAAGAAAAUAUUAAGAUGGGCAAAAGAACACUGACACUGGACAGAGGAAGAUUGGAAAAAAGUGUUAUGGACAGACGAAUCAAAGUUUGAGGUGUUCGGAUCACAAAGAAGAACAUUUGUGAGACGCAGACCAAAUGAAAAGAUGCUGGAGUAGUGCUUGAUGCAAUCUGUCAAGGAUGGUGGAGGCAAUGUGAUGGUCUGGGGGUGCUUUGGUGGUGGUAAAGUGGGAGAUAUGUACAGGGUAAAAGGGAUAUUGAAGAAGGAAGGCAAUCACUCCAUUUUGCAACGCCAUGCCAUACUCUGUGGACGGCGCUUGAUUGGAGCCAAUUUCCUCCUACAACAGGACAGUUACCCAAAGCACAGCUCCAAACUAUGCAAUAACUAUUUAGGGAAGAAGCAGUCAGCUGGUAUUCUGUCUAUAAUGGAGUGGCCAGCACAGUCACCGGAUCUCAACCUUAUUGAGCUGUUGUGGGAGCAGCUUGACCGUAUGGUACGUAAGAAGUGCCCAUGAAGCCAGUCCAACUUGUGGGAGGUGCUUCAGGAAGCGUGGGGUGAAAUCUCUUCAGAUUCCCUCAUCAAAUUGACAACUAGUAUGCCAAAGUUCUGCAAGGCUAUAAUUGCUGCAAAUGGAGGAUUCUUUGACGAAAGCAAAGUUUGAAGGACACAAUUAUUAUUUCAAUUAAAAAUCAUUGUUUCUAACCUUGUCAAUGACUACAUUUCCUAUUCAUUUUGCUAUAUUUCCUAUUCAAACUCAUUUCAUGUAUGUUUUCAUGGAAAGCAAGUACAUUUCUAAGUGACCCCAAGCGUUUGAACGUUGGUGUGUAUGUAUGUGUAUAUAAAGCUGCAAAUCUUUCUUAAAUCAGCAUCUCUACAUGUAUGACAAACAUUCCAUUCCAGUGUCUGUAGAAUUCCAACACAGGCACACCUCAUUCUACUGAAUUAGGUACAGAUUAGGUGAUCACAUUAACCAAAUCUUAUUUAACGAGGAAAAGUAUAAAAACCACUGCUGUUGUCAUCACUAUCCUCUUGCAAUAGGACCAGCUGGAUGGCAAAAACAGUUCUAAUAGUACCUCAAAAGUAAUAUUAAUCAAAAAAUAACUAUUGACCAUGCCAAAAGAGUUGAAAAGGAACGUUUUGAGUGAGGAAAAGAAGGGUUCAAUUCUGGCUUUACUGGCAGAGGGAUACAGUGAGCGUCAGGUUGCUUCCAUCCUUAAAAUUUCAAAGAUGGCGGUUCAUAAGAACAAGAUCAAGCAGCAGACAUUGGGGACAACAAAGCUACAGACCGGCAGAGGGUGAAAACGACUCUCUACUGAUGACCGCCAACUCAUUCGAAUGUCACUCAACAACCGUAGGAUGACAUCAAGUGACCUACAAAAAGAAUGGCAAACGGCAGCUGGGGUGAAGUGCACGGCGAGGACGGUUCGUAACAGGCUCCUAGGGGCAGGGCUAAAGUCGUACAAAGCUAGAAAAAAGCACUUCAUCAAUGAAAAGCGAAGAAGAGCCAGGCUGAGGUUUGCAAAAGACCAUAAGGAUUGGACCGUAGAGGACUGGAGUAAAGUCAUCUGAGUCCAAUUUUCAGCUUUGCCCAACUCCUGGUCGUCUAAUGGUUAGACGGAGACCUGGAGAGGCCUACAAGCCACAGUGUCUCACACCCACUGUGAAAUUUGGUGGAGGAUCGGUGAUGAUCUGGGGGUGCUUCAGCAAGGCUGGAAUUGGGCAGAUUUGUCUUUGUGAAGGACGCAUGAAUCAAGCCACGUACAAGGUUGUCCUGGAAGAAAACUUGCUUCCUUUUGCUCUGACAUUGUUCCCCAACUCUGAGGAUUGUUUUUUCCAGCAGGACAAUGCGCCAUGCCACACAGCCAGGUCAAUCAAGGUGUGGAUGGAGGACCACCAGAUCAAGACCUUGUCAUGGCCAGCCCAAUCUCCAGACCUGAACCCCUUUGAAAACUUCGGGAAUGUGAUCAAGAGGAAGAUGGAUGGUCGCAAGCCAUCAAACAAAGCCGAGCUGUUUGAAUUUUUGCGCCAGGAGUGGCAUAAAGUCACCCAACAUCAAUGUGAAAGACUGUUGGAAAGCAUGCCAAGACGCAUGAAAGCUGUGAUUUAAAAUCUGUGUUGUUCCACCAAAUAUUGAUUUCUGAACUCUUCCUAAGUUAAAACAUUACUAUUGUGUUGUUUAAAAAUGAACUUAUUUUCUUUGCAUUAUUCAAGGUCUGACAACACUGCGUGUUUUUUGUUAUUUUGACAAGUUGUCAUUUUCUGCAAAUAAAUGCUCUAAAUGACAAUAUUCUUAUUUGGAAUUUGGGAGAAAUAUUGUCAGUAGUUUAUAGAAUAAAACAAAAAUUAUUUUGUACGUUUGCCCACUGACAAAGAAAUGAUCAGUCUAUAAUUUUAAUGGUAGGUUUAUUUGAACAGUGAGAGACAGAAUAACAACAAAAAAAUCCAGAAAAAUGCAUGUAAAAAAUGUUAUAAAUUGAUUUGCAUUUUAAUGAGGGAAAUAAGUAUUUGACCCCUCUGCAAAACAAGACUUAGUACUUGGUGGCAAAACCCUUGUUGGCAAUCACAGAGGUCAGACGUUUCUUGUAGUUGGCCACCAGGUUUGCACUAAUCUCAGGAGGGAUUUUGUCCCACUCCUCUUUGCAGAUCAUUAAGGUUUCGAGGCUGACUUUUGGCAACUCGAACCUUCAGCUCCCGCCACAGAUUUUCUAUGGGAUUAAGGUCUGGAGACUGGCUAGGCCACUCCAGGACCUUAAUGUGCUUCUUCUUGAGCCACUACUUUGUUGCCUUGGCCAUGUGUUUUGGGUCAUUGUCAUGCUGGAAUACCCAUCCAAGACCCAUUUUCAAUGCCCUGGCUGAGGGAAGGAGGUUCUCACCCAAGAUUUGACGGUACAUGGCCCCGUCCAUCGUCCCUUUGAUGCGGUGAAGUUGUCCUGUCCCCUUAGCAGAAAAACACCCCCAAAGCAUAAUGUUUCCACCUCCAUGUUUGACGGUGGGGAUGGUGUUCUUGGGGUCAUAGGCAGCAUUCCUCCUCCUCCAAACACGGUGAGUUGAGUUGAUGCCAAAGAGCUCCAUUUUGGUCUCAUCUGACCACAACACUUUCACCCAGUUCUCCUCUGAAUCAUUCAGAUGUUCAUUGACAAACUUCAGACGGCCCUGUAUAUGUGCUUUCUUGAGCAGGGGGACCUUGCGGGCGCUGCAGGAUUUCAGUCCUUCACGGCGUAGUGUGUUACCAAUUGUUUUCUUGGUGACUAUGGUCCCAGCUGCCUUGAGAUCAUUGACAAGAUCCUCCCGUGUAGUUCUGGGCUGAUUCCUCACCGUUCUCAUGAUCAUUGCAACUCCAUGAGGUGAGAUCUUGCAUGGAGCCCCAGGCCGAGGGAGAUUGACAGUUACACUGCUCAAAAAAAUAAAGGGAACACUUAAACAACACAAUGUAACUCCAAGUCAAUCACACUUCUGUGAAAUCAAACUGUCCACUUAGGAAGCAACACUGAUUGACAAUACAUUUCACAUGCUGUUGUGCAAAUGGAAUAGACAACAGGUGGAAAUUAUAGGCAAUUAGCAAGACACCCCCAAUAAAGGACUGGUUUUGCAGGUGGUGACCACAGACCACUUCUCAGUUCCAAUGCUUCCUGGCUGAUGUUUUGGUCACUUUUGAAUGCUGGCGGUGCUUUCACUCUAGUGGUAGCAUGAGACGGAGUCUACAACCCACACAAGUGGCUCAGGUAGUGCAGCUCAUCCAGGAUGGCACAUCAAUGCGAGCUGUGGCAAGAAGGUUUGCUGUGUCUGUCAGCGUAGUGUCCAGAGCAUGGAGGCGCUACCAGGAGACAGGCCAGUACAUCAGGAGAUGUGGAGGAGGCCGUAGGAGGGCAACAACCCAGCAGCAGGACUGCUACCUCCGCCUUUGUGCAAGGAGGAGCAGGAGGAGCACUGCCAGAGCCCUGCAAAAUGACCUCCAGCAGGCCUCAAAUGUGCAUGUGUCUGCUCAAACGGUCAGAAACAGACUCCAUGAGGGUGGUAUGAGGGCCCGACGUCAACAGGUGGGGGUUGUGCUUACAGCCCAACACCGUGCAGGACGUUUGGCAUUUGCCAGAGAACACCAAGAUUGGCAAAUUCGCCACUGGCGCCCUGUGCUCUUCACAGAUGAAAGCAGGUUCACACUGAGCACAUGUGACAGAGUCUGGAGACGCCGUGGAGAACGUUCUGCUGCCUGCAACAUCCUCCAGCAUGACCGGUUUGGCGGUGGGUCAGUCAUGGUGUGGGGUGGCAUUUCUUUGGGGGGCCGCACAGCCCUCCAUGUGCUCGCCAGAGGUAGCCUGACUGCCAUUAGGUACCGAGAUGAGAUCCUCAGACCCCUUGUGAGACCAUAUGCUGGUGCGGUUGGCCCUGGGUUCCUCCUAAUGCAAGACAAUGCUAGACCUCAUGUGGCUGGAGUGUGUCAGCAGUUCCUGCAAGAGGAAGGCAUUUAUGCAAUGGACUGGCCCACCCGUUCCCCAGACCUGAAUCCAAUUGAGCACAUCUGGGACAUCAUGUCUCGCUCCAUCCACCAACGCCACGUUGCACCACAGACUGUCCAGGAGUUGGCGGAUGCUUUAGUCCAGGUCUGGGAGGAGAUCCCUCAGGAGACCAUCCGCCACCUCAUCAGGAGCAUGCCCAGGCGUUGUAGGGAGGUCAUACAGGCACGUGGAGGCCACACACACUACUGAGCCUCAUUUUGACUUGUUUUAAGGACAUUACAUCAAAGUUGGAUCAGCCUGUAGUGUGGUUUUCCACUUUAAUUUUGAGGGUGACUCCAAAUCCAGACCUCCAUGGGUUGAUAAAUUUGAUUUCCAUUGAUAAUUUUUGUGUGAUUUUGUUGUCAGCACAUUCAACUAUGUAAAGAAAAAAGUAUUUAAUAAGAUUAUUUCAUUCAUUCAGAUCUAGGAUGUGUUAUUUUAGUGUUCCCUUAAUUUUUUUGAGCAGUGUAUUUUGUGUUUCUUCCAUUUGCGAAUAAUCACACCAACUGUUGUCACCUUCUCACCAAGCUGCUUGGCGAUGGUCUUGUAGCCCAUUCCAGCCUUGUGUAGGUCUGCAAUCUUGUCCAUGACAUCCUUGGAGAGCUCUUUGGUCUUGGCCAUGGUGGAGAGUUUGGAAUCUGAUUGAUUGAUUGGUUCUGUGGACAGGUGUCUUUUUAUACAGGUAACAAGCUGAGAUUAGGAGCAAUCCCUUUAAGAGUGUGCUCCUAAUCUCAGCUCCUUACCUGUAUAAAAAGACACCUGGGAGCCAGAAAUCUUUCUGAUUUGAGAGAGGGUCAAAUACUUAUUUCCCUCAUUAAAAUGCAAAUCAAUUUAUAACAUUUUUGACAUGCGUUUUUCUGGAUUUUUUUGUUGUUAUUCUGUCUCUCACUGUUCAAAUAAACCUACCAUUAAAAUGAUAGACUGUUCAUUUCUUUGUCAGUGGGCAAACGUACAAAAUCAGCAGGGGAUCAAAUACUUUUUUCCCUCACUACACCUACAGUGGGGAGAACAAGUAUUUGAUACACUGCUGAUUUUGCAGGUUUUCCUACUUACAAAGCAUGUAGAGGUCUGUAAUUUUUAUCAUAGGUACACUUAAACUGUGAGAGACGGAAUCUAAAACAAAAAUCCAGAAAAUCACAUUGUAUGAUUUAAGUAAUUCAUUUGCAUUUUAUCCAGGCUCUGCUGUAGCCGGCCGCAACCGGGAGACCAAUGGGGCGGCGCACAAUUGUCCCAGCGUCGUCCAGGGUAAGGGAGAGAAUGGCCGGCAGGGAGGUAACUCAGUUGGUAGAGCAUGGCGUUUGCAACGCCAGGGUUGUGGGUUCGUUUCCCACCGGGGGCCAGUAUGAAAAUAAAAAAGAAUAAUGUAUGCACUAACUGUAAGUCGCUCUGGAUAAGAGCGUCUGCUAAAUGACGUAAAUGUAAAUGUUAUUGCAUGACAGAAGUAUUUGAUACAUCAGAAAAGCAGAACUUAAUAUUUGGUACAGAAACCUUUGUUUGUAAUUACAGAGAUCAUAUGGCAUAUUAUUUAUUAUUUAUUUAUACGUUUCCUGUAGGUCUUGACCAGGUUUGCACACACUGCAGCAGGGAUUUUGGCCCACUCCUCCAUACAGACCUUCUCCAGAUACUUCAGUUUUCAGGGCUGUCGCUGGGAAAUAUGGACUUUCAGCUCCCUCCAAAGAUUUUCUAUUGGGUUCAGGUCUGGAGACUGGCUAGGCCACUCCAGGACCUUGAGAUUCUUCUUACGGAGCCACUCCUUAGUUGCCCUGGCUGUGUGUUUCGGGUCGUUGUCAUGCUGGAAGACCCAGCUACGACCCAUCUUCAAUGCUCUUACUGAGGGAAGGAGGUUGUUGGCCAAGAUCUCGCGAUACAUGGCCCCAUCCAUCCUCCCCUCAAUACGGUGCAGUCGUCCUGUCCCCUUUGCAGAAAAGCAUCCCCAAAGAAUGAUGUUUCCACCUCCAUGCUUCACGGUUGGGAUGGUGUUCUUCGGGUUGUACUCAUCCUUCUUCUUCCUCCAAACACGGCGAGUGGAGUUUAGACCAAAAAGCUCAAUUUUUGUCUCAUCAGACCACAUGACCUCCCAUUCCUCCUCUGGAUCAUCCAGAUGGUCAUUGGCAAACUUCAGACGGCCUGGACAUGCGCUGGCUUGAGCAGGGGGACCUUGCGUGCGCUGCAGGAUUUUAAUCCAUGACGGCGUAGUGUGUUACUAAUGGUUUUCUUUGAGACUGUGGUCCCAGCUCUCUUCAGGUCAUUGACCAGGUCCUGCCGUGUAGUUCUGGGCUGAUCCCUCACCUUCCUCAUGAUCAUUGAUGCCCCACGAGGUGAGAUCAUGCAUGGAGCCCCAGACCGAGGGUGAUUGACCGUCAUCUUGAACUUCUUCCAUUUUCUAAUAAUUGCGCCAACAGUUGUUGCCUUCUCACCAAGCUGCUUGACUAUUGUCCUGUAGCCCAUCCCAGCCUUGUGCAGGUCUACAAUUUUAUCCCUGAUGUCCUUACACAGCUCUCUGGUCUUGGCCAUUGUGGAGAGGUUGGAGUCUGUUUGAUUGAGUGUGUGGACAGAUGUCUUUUAUACAGGUAAAGAGUUCAAACAGGUGCAGUUAAUACAGGUAAUGAGUGGAGAACAGGAGGGCUUCUUAAAGAAAAACUAACAGGUUUGUGAGAGCCGGAAUUCUUACUGGUUGGUAGGUGAUCAACUACUUACAGUGGGGGAAAAAAGUAUUUAGUCAGCCACCAAUUGUGCAAGUUCUCCCACUUAAAAAGAUGAGAGAGGCCUGUCAUUUUCAUCAUAGGUACACGUCAACUAUGACAGACAAAUUGAGGAAAAAAAAUCCAGAAAAUCACAUUGUAGGAUUUUUAAUGAAUUUAUUUGCAGAUUAUGGUGGAAAAUAAGUAUUUGGUGACCUACAAACAAGCAAGAUUUCUGGCUCUCAUAGACCUGUAACAACUUCUUUAAGAGGCUCCUCUGUCCUCCACUCGUUACCUGUAUUAAUGGCACCUGUUUGAACUUGUUAUCAGUAUAAAAGACACCUGUUCACAACCUCAAACAGUCACACUCCAAACUCCACUAUGGCCAAGACCAAAGAGCUGUCAAAGGACACCAGAAACAAAAUUGUAGACCUGCACCAGGCUGGGAAGACUGAAUCUGCAAUAGGUAAGCAGCUUGGUUUGAAGAAAUCAACUGUGGGAGCAAUUAUUAGGAAAUGGAAGACAUACAAGACCACUGAUAAUCUCCCUCGAUCUGGGGCUCCACGCAAGAUCUCACCCCGUGGGGUCAAAAUGAUCACAAGAACGGUGAGCAAAAAUCCCAGAACCACACGGGGGGACCUAGUGAAUGACCUGCAGAGAGCUGGGACCAAAGUAACAAAGCCUACCAUCAGUAACACACUACGCCGCCAGGGACUCAAAUCCUGCAGUGCAAGACGUGUCCCCCUGCUUAAGCCAGUACAUGUCCAGGCCCGUCUGAAGUUUGCUAGAGUGCAUUUGGAUGAUCCAGAAGAGGAUUGGGAGAAUGUCAUAUGGUCAGAUGAAACCAAAAUAGAACUUUUUGGUAAAAACUCAACUCGUUGUGUUUGGAGGACAAAGAAUGCUGAGUUGCAUCCAAAGAACACCAUACCUACUGUGAAGCAGGGGGUGGAAACAUCAUGCUUUUGGGCUGUUUUUCUGCAAAGGGACCAGGACGACUGAUCCGUGUAAAGGAAAGAAUGAAUGGGGCCAUGUAUCGUGAGAUUUUGAGUGAAAACCUCCUUCCAUCAGCAAGGGCAUUGAAGAUGAAACGUGGCUGGGUCUUUCAGCAUGACAAUGAUCCCAAACACACCGCCCGGGCAACGAAGGAGUGGCUUCGUAAGAAGCAUUUCAAGGUCCUGGAGUGGCCUAGCCAGUCUCCAGAUCUCAACCCCAUAGAAAAUCUUUGGAGGGAGUUGAAAGUCCGUGUUGCCCAGCGACAGCCCCAAAACAUCACUGCUCUAGAGGAGAUCUGCAUGGAGGAAUGGGCCAAAAUACCAGCAACAGUGUGUGAAAACCUUGUGAAGACUUACAUAAAACGUUUGACCUGUGUCAUUGCCAACAAAGGGUAUAUAACAAAGUAUUGAGAAACUUUUGUUAUUGACCAAAUACUUAUUUUCCACCAUAAUUUGCAAAUAAAUUCAUAAAAAAUCCUACAAUGUGAUUUUCUGGAAAAGAAAAUCUCAUUUUGUCUGUCAUAGUUGACGUGUACCUACGAUGAAAAUUACAGGCCUCUCUCAUCUUUUUUAAGUGGGAGAACUUGCACAAUUGGUGGCUGACUAAAUACUUUUUUUCCCCACUGUAUGUCAUGCAAUAAAAUGCAAAUUAAUCACUUAAAAAUCAUACAAUGUGAUUUUCUGGAUUUUUGUUUUAGAUUCCGUCUCUCACAGUUGAAGUGUACCUAUGAUAAAUUACAGACCUCUCCAUGCUUUGUAAGUAGAAAAACCUGCAAAAUUGUCAGUGUAUCAAAUACUUGUUCUCCCCACUGUAUAAAUAGUAAAACCAGAGAAACUGAUAAUUUUGCAGUGGUCUCUUAAUUUUUUCCGCAGCUGUGUGUAUGUAUAAGUAUAUAUAAUUAUUUUGCCAUCUACCAAUAGGUGCCCUUCUUGGCGAGGCAUUGGAAAUGUCCCUGGUCUUUGUGGUUGAAUCUGUGUUUGAAAUUCACUGCUCGACUGAGAGACGUACAAAUAAUUGUAUAUGUGGGGUACAGAGAUGAUAGUGAUUGAAAAAUCAUGUUAAACACUAUUAUUGCACACAGUGAGUUCAUGCAACUUAUUAUGUGACUUGUUAGGCAUAUUUUUACCCCUGAACUUAUUCAGGCUUGCCAUAACAGGGUUUAACAGAAUACUUAUUGACUCAAUACAUUUCAGCUUUUCAUUUUUAUUUAACUUGUAAAACUAAAAAACAUAAUUCCACUUUGACAUUAUGGGGUUUUGUAUGUAGGCCAGUGAUGCAACAUCUCAAUUUAAUCUAUUUUAAAUUCAGGCAGUAACACAACAAUGUGGAAAAAGUCAAGGGGUGUAAAUACUUUCAGAAGGCACUGUAUAUGUUAUCCACCUGUCACUUCAGACAAUAGACAACAGUAUGCUGUGGAUAUUUUCUUGAAAAACUCAGUCUUGAAAAAAUUCUACUGCGGACAGACAAUGUUUUCCACAACUACUAUGUGGGUGAAGGAAGCCCUGUUGUAGUGUUGUGUCACUAAUAGGGUUUGGCGAUGUCAACCGUUGUCCUAUUGUGAUUAUGUACUAAUAAAACAUUGAUCUACAAUGGUAUCGUCCCCUAUUGUUGUUUUUACUCCGCUAAAACAACCGUUGGGCUAUUGCGUUAAAUUGCAUGCUACAGCUAUACGAAUCAUGGACUGAGAUAUUUUUUUUUUUACACCUGUAACUGCCAUUUCCUGCAAUCUAGAGCAAAACAUUUUCUUAAAUGGUAACAAAUAAAGUAAAAAAAUAUUUAUACAGUAUACGUUUUUGUUUUUUACAUAGUGGCGCAGCCAAUCCAAAAGGUGCCGCAGCGUCCCUUUUACAUUCUUUGGGGAGAACCCUGGGCAAUUGUUUUUUUUCUAAUCUCUUAUAAAGCUGUGAUUGUGAAUGGCCUAAAUACAGUGCAUUCAGAAAGUAUUCAGACCCCUUGACUUUUUCCACAUUUUGUUACGGUACAGCCAGUGGCGACCCGUCAUUCAGGGCAGGUGGGGCAGAGUCACAUAUCAGAUUGCAAAUAAUGUACAAAAAUAAAGUAAAUAAAGCCGCAUACAAACAUGGUCUCUUUUUUGCUUUCUUGAGUAAGGCAGCUCCAAAAUGCAGGUGUUUCAGCCUAGCUCAGUGCUUUCUGUGGUGGUGGGGCAGCCAGCAUAAAAUACAGAGUGUAAGGGAUGGUAAUGUUCUCUAGUUGCGCUGUGAUUGGCUCAGUGUUCGGUCACUCAAGGGGACACUACGUCACUGCAAAAUCUACGGGGAGAGCUCGAAAAUUCAAGCCCCUUGGGUGCUGCCAUAGAGUUACAUUAGAAGUGCCCAUCCAAGAAGGCUCAAGGUCAUUUGCCACAGAUAAAAUGACGUCAAAUAACGUUAUAUGUACCGUAGCUUUGAUUGGACUGAUCAUGUCUUUCAUCAUACUUUCAAAAUCUUAGCUAGCAGUCAUCAUCAUGAACCAAGUCGACAAUCUACUGGCAAAUCCUUUUCAAUCCUUGUCAUAUGAAGAGAAAUAAUGAAGAGAAAUUAUAGAUAAAACGUAUCGGUGCUCAUCGGCCAUUGGACAUAAACAUUACACAACAAGUUGGAAAUUGCAAAUUCAGCAAUGAGUGGUUUGGAAGGAAUCAGUGGCUAACUGCAAGUAUUGCAAAGCAAUCUCUAGCCUGCUAUUCAGUUGAGUGGGUAUGUGGACCAAGUCUGUGUUUAAGGGUCUCUUUUCCAAGCUUAAAAGGAUAAACAUUCAACAUGACUUCUGCCGCAAUCGAAACAACUGGGAAAUCUCAGACUUCAGUGAAUUCAAGACAACUGGGAACUGCUCCGACUGGGAAAAUACGUUUUGAACAGUCAUCCAACUCGGAAUUCCAAGUCGGGAACUCGGGCCUCUUUCUAGAGCUCCGACCUAAAGAUCACUGACGUCAUGAUUCAACCUAGUUUUUUUCUGAGUUCCCAGUUGUCUUGAAAACACCAUAAAUCCAGAGAAUGCCAGACUUUGAUGACAAAAUCUGUCCACAAGAAGGACCGUCGCGCCACCUUCCUGUUCAAGUGAGCACAGCACAACAAGGUGAGUCCAAAAAUGUAGUGUAUGCUGCUGCAUACAUUAUGUAAUAUACCAGGGAGAUAUGUAUACUGUAGCUAAGAAAGCAAUAUUAAGUGUAUGUUGUUUAGUUAGCUGUUAGUAGCCCAUGUGCCUCACCCUCCCUUUUCCCCUAAUAACUUAGCCUACUGUUCUGACUUGGUUGUGCACAUUUAGCCUAUAGCCUGUUUUAUAGAAUUGUAAUCAUCGAAUAUUGUAAGAGCUUUCAUUGUCUGCUUAUAUGCCCCCUUUAUUUAUCCUACGGUUCUGACUUGGUGUACAGCGAAGAAUACUGUAACAACGGCCCUUGUUCUGAAUUCUGUUGCCGUACAUUUCAAAAGUGCUGAACAAAUAGUUAUAUUGACUACGUCCGUCCUCGCUCAUGAAUGUCUUAAUCGAAAUUACAGAUUGCCUCUUAUCCGGUCGUCGUCCCCUUAUGCCAUAGUUUGUACAUCUCAAUUGUCAGUAGAAACCACAUUUGUUUAAGCAAGUCAGCCUUAUCAGCUAUGUUUUUUUUAAAGGCAGGAAAUUAGGCUGAAUGAACUAUUUCGCUGCCAGACAAGGCUCUGCUUAUAGCCAGGUCUACGUAGCAGUAGUAAGGUGUUGGGACUGCUGUUGGAACUUUGUUGGCCCUAACAGUUUUGGGCACCGUUUGUCAUCAUUAUAGUGCAAUUAAUGUAUUGUUUAGUGUUGUGUUGUGUAUUUGCUUUGCUGGUAUGCAUAAUUUUUUUUGGGGGGGGAUUGCCCCACCAAGAUUUACAUGCUAAAAUCGGCACUGGUUACAGCUCAUUCUAAACUGGAUUACAUUGUUUUUUCCCCUCAUCAAUCUACGCACAAUUACCCCAUAAUAACAAAGCAAAAACUGGUUUUUAGAAAUGUUUGUAAAUGUAUUUAAAAUAAAAGCGUGAUAUCACAUUUACAUAAGUAUUCAGACCCUUUACUCAGUACUUUGUUGAAGCACCUUUGAUGCUACAAGCUUGUCACAGCUGUAUUUGGGGAGUUUCUCCUAUUCUUCUCUGCAGAUCCUCUCAAGCUCUGUCAGGUUGAAUGGGGAGCAUCGCUGCACAGCUAUUUUCAGGUCUCUCCAGAGAUGGUCGAUCGGGUUCAAGGCUGGGCUCUGGCUGGGCCACAGAAGGACAUUCAGAGACUUGUCCCGAAGCCACUCCUGCGUUGUCAUGGCUGUGUGCUUAGGGUCAUUAUCCUGUUGGAAGGUGAACCUUCGCCCCGGUCUGAUGUCCUGAGCGCCCUGGAGCAGGUUUUCAUCAAGGAUCUCUUUUGUAAAUUGCUCCGUUCAUCUUUCCCUCAAUCCUGACUUGUCUCCCAGUCCCUGCCGCUGAAAAACAUCCCCACAGCAUGAUGCUGCCACCACCAUGCUUCACCGUAGGGAUGGUGCCAGCUUUCCUCCAGAUGUGACGCUUGUCAUUCAGGCCAAAGAGUUCAAUCUUGGUUUCAUCAGACCAGAGAAUCUUGUUUCUCAUGGUCUGAGUCCUUUAGGUGCCAAGCGGGCUGUCAUGUGCCUUUUACUGAGGAGUGGCUUCCGUCUGGCUGCUCUAACAUAAAGGCCUGAUUGGUGGAGUGCUAAUGAGAUGGUCGUCCUUCGGGAAGGUUGUCCCAUCUCCACAGAGGAACUGCUGCGGCGCCAGUCAAGUUCAAAAGGCUAAACCAUCGUCUGUAACAUCACAAUGUCCUCACCAUCGACGAUGGCUGUCAAACAUUGUCGAUAGACGAUACUAUCGUAAUAUUUCCCAACCCUAGUCACUAUACUCAGUUCAAUCGAGGGCAGGCUUAACUGAAUGAACAACAGAGACAAGAUGCAAGUAUAAACAUUUUAUUAAAAUAGUUUGGGGAAUGCCUUCGUCAUUGAUCCUCGGAGCCAGAUACUGGUAUACAGGUAGCCCUAUGCGGGGCAGCUGGCAUCAAAGCCACCCUGCUGGGAGAAAAAGGUUCCGAUGAUGAGCCUUCAGCUGCUGGAGGUGGAGGGUCGGUGGUGAAACUUUUGCUGUAAGACGUAAGUGAGGGAACAACACUAAGCUGUCAUUUAAAUACAUCAAAAUAUGUAUUCCCAUUGGUGAGAAAUCAAAUCAAAUUUUAUUUGCCACAUGUGCCGAAUACAACAGGUGUAGACAUUACAGUGAAACGCUUACUUACAAGCCCUUAACCAACAAUGCAUUUUUAAAGAUAAAAAAAGUCUUAAGUAAAACAAAAUAGGCUAAUAACUAAAGAGCAGCAGUAAAAUAAAAUAACAGUAGGGAGGCUAUUUACAUGGGGGUACCGGUGCAGAGUCGAUGUGCGGGGGCACCGGCUAGUCAAGGUAAUAUGUACAUGUGGGUAGAGUUAGUGACUAUGCAUAAAUAAUAAACAGAGUAGCAGCAGUGUAAAAGAGGGGGGGGUGGGGGUGGGGGGGGCAGUGCAAAUAGUCCGGGUAGCCAUGAUUAGCUGUUCAGGAGUCUUAUGGUUUGCGGGUAGAAGCUGUUGAGAAGCCUUUUGGACCUAGACUUGGCGCUCCAGUACCGCUUGCCGUGCGGUAGCAGAGAGAACAGUCUAUAACUAGGGUGGCUGGAGUCUUUGACAAUUUUGCGGUCCUUCUUCUGACACCGCCUGGGAUAGAGGUCCUGGAUGGCAGGAAGUUUGGCCCCAGUGAUGUACUGGGCCGUACGCACUACCCUCUGUAGUGCCUUGCAGUCGCAUGCCUGCGCAGUUGCCAUACCAGGCGGUGAUGCAACCAGUCAGGAUGCUCUCGAUGGUGCAGCUGUAAAACUUUUUGAGGAUCUGAGGACCCAUGCCAAAUCUGUUUAGUCUCCUGAGGGGGAAUAUACUUUGUCAUGCCCUCUUCAUGACUAUCUUGGUGUGUUUGGACCAUGAUAGUUUGUUGGUGAUAUGGACACCAAGGAACUUGAAGCUCUCAACCUGUUCCAAUACAGCCCCGUCGAUGAGAAUGGGGGCGUGCUCAGUCCUCUUUUUUCCCUGUAGUCCACAAUCAUCUCCUUUGUCUUGAUCACGUUGAGGGAGAGGUUGUUAUCCUGGCACCACACGGCCAGGUCUCGGACCUCCUCCCUAUAGGCUGUCUCAUCGUUGUCGGUGAUGAGGCCUACCACUUUUGUGUCGUCAGCAAACUUAAUGAUGGUGUUGGAGUCGUGCCUGGCCAUGCUGUCAUGCGUGAACAGGGAGUACAGGAGGGGACUAAGCACGCACCCCUGAGUGGCCCCCGUGUUGAGGAUCAACGUGGCAGAUGUGUUGUUACCUACCCUUACCACCUGGGGGCGGCCCAUCAGGAAAUCCAGGAUCCAGUUGCAGAGGAAGGUGUUUAGUCCCAGGAUCCUUAGCUUAGUGAUGAGCUUUGAGGGCACUAUGGUGUUGAACGCUGAGCUGUAGUCAAUGAACAGCAUUCUCACAUAGGUGUUCCUCUUGUCCAGGUGGGAAAGGGCAGUGUGGAGUGCAAUAGGGAUUGCAUCAUCUGUGGAUCUGUUGGGGCGGUAUGCAAAUUGUAGUGGGUCUAGGGUUUCUGGGAUAAUGGUGUUGAUGUGAGCCAUGACCAGCCUUUCAAAGCACUUCAUGGCUACAGACGUGAGUGCUGCGGGUCGGUAGUCAUUUAGGAAGGUUAUCUUAGUGUCCUUGGGCACAGGGACUAUGGUGGUCUGCUUGAACCAUGCUGGUUUUACAGACUCAGUCAGGGACAUGUUGAAAAUGUCAGUGAAGACACUUGCCAGUUGGUCAGCACAUUACACGUCCUGGUAAUCCGUCUUGCCCUGCGGCCUUGUGAAUGUUGACCUGCUUAAAAGUCUUACUCACAUCGGCUACGGAGAGCGUGAUCACAUUGUCAUCCGGAACAGCUGGUGCACUCAUGCAUGCUCAUGUGUUGCUUGCCUCGAAGCGAGGAUAGAAGUGAUUUAGCUCGUCUGGUAGGCUUGUGUCACUGGGCAGCUCGCAGCUGUGCUUCCCUUUGUAGUCUGUAAUAGUUUUCAAGCCCUGCCACAUCCGACGAGUGUCAGAGCCGGUGUAGUACGAUUCAAUCUUAUUCCGGUAUUGACUCUUUUUCUGUUUGAUGGUUCGUCGGAGGGCAUAGCGGGAUUUCUUAUAAGCGUCCGGGUUAGAGUCCCUCUCCUUGAAAGCGGCAGCUCUACCCUUUAGCUUUGUUGCGGAUGUUGCCUGUAAUCCAUGGCUUAUUGUUGGGGUAUGUACGUACGGUCACUGUGGGGACGACGUCAUCGAUGCACUUAUUGAUGAAGCCGUUGACUGAUGCGGUGUACUCCUCUAUGCUAUCUGAAGAAUCCCGGAACAUAUUCCAGUCUGUGCUAGCAAAACAGUCCUGUAGCUUAGCAUCUGCGUCAUCUGACCACUUUUUUAUUAACCGAGUCACUGGUGCUUCCUGCUUUAGUUUUUGCUUAUAAGCAGGAAUCAGGAGGAUAGAGUUAUGGUCAGAUUUGCCAAAUGGAGGGCGAGGGAGAGCUUUGUAUACGUCUCUGUAUGUGGAGUAAAGGUUGUCUAGAGUUUUUUUUUUUUUUCCUCUGGUUGCACAUUUAACAUGCUGGUAGAAAUUAGGUAGGACGGAUUUAAGUUUCCCUGCAUUAAAGUCCCUGGCCACUAGAGAAGAGAGCAUGUUGAUGAUUGCACUGGUAUGCAAAUCAAAUGUCAUAUAAAAUGUAUUUAAAAUCCCUUUUUACAUCAGCAGAUGUCACAAAGUGCUUAUACGGAAACCCAGCCUAAAACCCCAAACGGCAAGCAAUGCAGAUGUAGAAGCAUGUUGACUAGGGAAAAACUCCCUAGAAAGGCAGGAACCUAGGAAGAAACCUAGAGAGGAACCAGGCUCCGAGGGGUGACCAGUCCUCUUCUGGCUGUGCCGGGUGGAGAUUAUAAAAGUACAUGGCCAUUAAGGCCAGAUCGUUCUUCAAGAUGAUCAAACGUUCAUAGAUGACCAGCAUGGUCAAAUAAUAAUCAGUGGUUGUAGAGGGAGUAAAUGUCAGUUGGCUUUUCAUAGUCAAUCAUUCAGAGGUCGAGACAGCAGGUGAGGUAGUGAUAGAGAUGGAGAGUCGAAAAAACAGCUGGUCCGGGACAAUGUAGCACGUCCAGUGAACAGAUCAGGGUUCCAUAGUGUCAGGCAGAACAGUGGUCCUGAUGCAUGGUCCUAGGGCUCAGGUCCUCCCAGUGGGGGAGAGGGAGAGGGCACACAUAUUUAAAGUCACAGAGGACACCAGAUAAGACGGGAGAAUUACACCAGAUAUAACAGACUGACCCUAGUCCCCCAGCACAUAGACUAUUGCAGCAUAGAAACUAUGCCUAUAGGUUAUUUAGCAAGUGUGAUAAAGUUGCAUUAUUCAGCUGUGCUGAUUGGCCAUAGGGUAAUAGGUGACUGACAUUCCGCACAUGGCUAAUUGAUAGUAAAGGAGGACGAGUGACAUGAUACUGUGCUGUUGAUGAGAACAUUCUAAACAGCAGAUAUACAUUCCUGCAUGUUCAUAGUAAAGGACUAUAUAGUUUAGUCUCUGUGUUUUUCUUUUUUGCCAUGGAAUAUCGCAGAGUAUCUUGGUAGUAUUGUGAUACUGAUAUCCUGAAAACUUGAAAAUAAUUAAUGAAUUAACUUUAAACAUAUUUCCAGCGCGUAUUCAGUAGGAACCAAACCGGAAGAACGCAUCUGAAUUUGUCCAAUAAGAAACUCUUGUUUUCGUUGCAAACAGUUUUGUUAAGGUGUGCACCACAUAACAUUUUCAAAAUACUAAAUCGACCUGUUGUUCUUUAUUCUGUCUCUAUGUCCCAGUGUUUGUGUUUGAAGCUGAGGCUCCGACACAGCUGGUGAAGGCCACCUCGGCCAUCGAGAGAGCCGUGUUCAUCACCAUGCAGUGGGUGGCCAGCGUCAAGCCCAGAGCCGGUCCCCUCUACACCAACGCAGAGGAGCUCAAGACCCAAGUAAAGAGAAUGGGUGGUUACUUUCAGCUUCUCAUCCAGGUAGACAUCUUUGUCAGCACUUUUUAAAAUGUAAAUACACCAGACAGAAUGAUCAAUGUAUCGGACUGUCUUGAAAAAGAGAUGUUAUCUUUAUGAAACUGACCUGGAUAAAUAUGUUGGAUAAGGUAUUACAUUCCAAAAGGUACACAAAGGACACAUCAGAGCAUUGAAACUAUUGAACACAGUAUAUUCAAAACAGUAGCAGCUGUAUGUGAAUGUACAACAUACAGAUAGAGCUAUGCACCAACAACAUUCAUGCGCACCUACUGUGCAUUCGGAAAGUACUCAGACCCCUUGACAUUUUCCACAUUAUGUUACGUAACAGACUUAUUCUAAAAUGGAUUAAGUUGUUUUACCCCAUAGCAAAGUGUCUGAAUACUUAGGUAAAUAAGGUAUUUCUGUUUCUUUGUAUUUAAUACAUUUGCUAAAAUUUCUAAAAACAUGUUUUCGCUUUGUCACUAUGGGUUAUUGUGUGUAGAUUGAUAAGGGAAAGGGGUCUGAAUACUUUCCAAAGGCACUAUAUGUACAGUACUACAUAUGCAUUGUUGACUAGUUAAGUGCAAGUAAUGUCAUAGUGAAUUACAGUAAAGAUAUUCUAGAAAUAUCCGUUUUUAUCCCAGUUAAACUGAAAAAACUAAAACGCUGCAAAAGGAAAAUCCUUUUCAAUCGAGUCGGGUUGACACCUCACUGGCUCAUCAAAAUUCACCUCAGUGAUUGACAGGUUUUAGCUUUGAGCUGUUUUGAGUGCUCGUAUGGAAAUGGCAGAGCGUAGGGGAAUUCUCAACCUUGAGCCUCAAGUCCAACAUGAAUAUGAAUAUGAAUAUAUAUAUAUAUAUAAAUUCUACACACCCCUUGCGCAGUCUUCACAUUUUGCUGCCUUAAAAUUAUGGUUUAAAGAAUCCUACUGACGUACACAACCUACUCCACAUGUGAAAGAAAAAUUGUAGAAAGUUUUCCAAAUGAAUAAAAAAAACUAAACAAAGAUGUUUUGAUUGCGCAUGUCUUCACACCCCAGAGUUAAUACUUGGUGGAAGCACCUUUGGCAGCCAUUACAUCUGUGAAACAUUUUGAAUAUGAUUCUACCAACUUUGCACAACUCUUAGGGCAGCAUAUAAUAUCCAUAGUUUUUGUCAAAAUCUCUCAAGCUCAGUAAAUUUGGUUGGGAGUCAAUGAUGGACAGUAAUAUUCAAACCGUGUCUCUGAUUUUCAAGCAGGUUUAAGUCAGGACUGAGACUGGACCUUUCAGGAACACUCAACACAUCUUGGAAAGCCAUUCUGGUGUGUUUUCUACAUAGAAAUGUGUGUAAUUGUCCCGCUGAAAAAUAAAACUAUCCCAGGGUUAGGUAUUCAGAAGGCUGAGGCAGGGUUUCCUCUUACUUUUUAUCUGGGCUUUGCUCCUUUCAUAUUUAUUUAGAUCCUGACAAACUCCCCAGUCUCUGCCCGUGACGAGCAUACUCAUAACUUUAUGCUGCCACCACAAUACUUGACAAGACAGAGGAUCAACAACAUUGCAUUCACUCCACAUUAUUGGCCUCUAUGACAGUUUAAAAAAUGAAACCUGUGUUAAAUCCACUCCAAAUCAUCUCCACCUUUGAAAAUGUGGAGUAGCUUGUGUAGAUCGGUAGGAAAACAAUAAUAUGUAUUCCCUUUUGAGAUUACAUUUUAAGGCAGCAAAAUGUGAAGACUAUGCAAGGGGUGUGUAGACCUUCACUACAUUUUUUACAUUUUAGUAAUUUAGCAGACACUCUUAUCCAGAGCAACUUACAGGAGCAAUUAGGGUUAAGUGCCUUGCUUUAGGGCACAUCAACAGAUUUCACCUAGUCAGCUAGGGGAUUUGAACUAGCAACCUUUCGGUUACUGGCCCAAUCUCUUAACCGCUUGGCUACCACCCAGCCCACACUAGUCACUAGUGACUGUAUACAGUGCCUUCAAAAAGUAUUCAUACUCAUUUACAUUUACAUUUUAGUCAUUUAGCAGACGCUCUUAUCCAGAGCGACUUACAGUUAGCACAUACAUUAUUUUAUCGAACCCACAAUAUACUCCUUGACUUUGUUGUUGUUAGAGCCUGAAUUCAAAAUUUAUUUAAUAUUUGUUUUCUUUCUCCCCUAUCUACCCCAUAAUGACAAAGUGAAAACAUGUUUUUUGAAGAUUUUGCUAAUGUAUUGAAAAUGAAAUACAGUAUCUCAUUUACAUAAGUAUUCACACCCCUGAGUCAAUACUUUGUAGAAGCACCUUUGCAGGAAUUACAGCUGUGAGUCUUUCUGGGUAAGUCUCUUAAGAGCUUUCCACACCUGGAUUGUGACAUUUUUACCCAUUAUUAUUUUCAAAAUGCUUUAAGCUCUAUCAAUUUGGUUGUUGAUCAUUGCUAAACAACCAUUUUCAGGUCUUGCCAUAGAUUUUCAAGUAGAUUUAAGUCAAAACUGUAUCUUGGCCACUCCGGAAAAUUCACUGUCUUCUUGGUGGUAAGCAACUCCAGUGUAAAUUUGGCCUUGUGUUUUAAGUUAUUGUCCUGCUGAAAGGUGAAUUCAUCCCCCCAAUGUCUAGUGGAAAGCAGACUGGACCAGGUUUGAUAAACUCCCCAGUCCUUAACGAUUACUGGCAGCCACCACUAUACUUGAAAAUAUGGAAAAUGUGUAGUAUUUGCCUUGUGCAAACAAGAUGCAUGUUUUGGAAUAUUUGUAUUCUGUACAGGCUUCCUUCUUUUCCCUCUGUCAAUUAGGUUAGUAUUGUGGAGUAACAUCAAUGUUGUUAUGUGACUUGUUAAGCACAUUUGUACUCCUGAACUUAUUUAGGCUUGCCAUAACAGGGGUUGAAUACUUAUUGACUCAAGACGUUCCACUUUGACAUUGUGGGGUAUUGUGUGUCAUCGGCCAGUGACCAAAAACUCUCUUUAAUACAUUUUAAAUUCAGGCUGUAUCACAACAAUGUGGAAAAAGUCGAGGGGUAUGAAUACUUUCUGAAGGCACUGCAUGUACGGCACAAUCUAACAUACCUAACCAGUGCCAGCAAUAAACAUUUUUAAACAUUCCCCACCCUUCUCACCCUCCUUUCACACUACCGUAUUUCUUAAUUAUUAUUAUUAUUUUAUUUUUUAACAUUUGCAUUUUUCCCUAGUUCAUUUAUGUAUUCAUUCAAAUACAAUAUAAUUUGACAUUUUAGUAAUUUAGCAAACUCUCUUAUCCAGAGCGACUUGCAGUUAGUGCAUUCAUUUCAAUUUGGCUAGGUGAGACAACUACAUUUCAAUCAUAUUAAGUACAUUUUUCAUUAAUAAAGUAGUUGCGAGUGUUGGUGUUUUUUUGUUUAUUUUAUUCAAAUAAAAUACAAUUUAAUUAACCAAUUAUUUAUUUAACAUCCAAUUCCCGUGUGGUCCCCAGGGCUGUGACUCUGAGAUUUCGUCCAUGGUGACCGAGGCCCACAGGAAGAGUGGUCAGUGUCUGGACACGGCACUGCUGGUCAUCAGCCACCUGGCUGCGCUUACCGCCACCCAGCUCCACGUGACCGAGCUGGGCUCUGAGGCCACAGGCAAGGUAAAUGUUACCACACCUGUCUGUCUGUUUCUCACUCACUCACUCAAACUCUCACCAUGUACUGCCUUUCAUAUUGAUUGAGAAUGGAUAAGAUACUGGGCAUGGUGGAUAACGAAGCCAUGAUGCAUCCUGCCUGGAUGCUUCAUCUCCACCCCCCCCACCCCCACCCACCAAGAAAGCGGUCUCUCAAAAGUUGUGGUUGUCGUCUCUCUUUCCCCAGCGGUCUGUGGCCCUGUCUCUGUUGGAGGGGACCUGUAAAGGGGUGCACUCUCUCCUGGAAGAGGGUCUGACUAUCUCCAACGAGAUGCUGAGAGAUGCGCAGCUGGCCAAUCCCAGGACUCCGGUACAUAGCCACCAUUUAGUCUUCCUCUGUAUUCACGGUCUGUGACUUCUCUAUAUGAAUUGUUUUGAUAUACCUUGAGAGGGAUCCUUGAGGUUCUGUCAUCAGAGAAAUGUUAUAUUAAAAAGUAAGGUAAAAAAUAACAACAUUUAAAGCCAUGAAUGGCAUCGAUGAUUUGCAUAGGAUUAACAAUAUUGCAAUGAUAUUCUGGAUUGUUUCUUUAGAAUGCCUCUAUUUUGUCUCUUAUCAAGCAUUAGUCUCCAAACAAGAUACCAUAUGGUCUAUGUUUCUGGCAGGUUUUGCAGAGCCUCAAGUCGAAGAUGCUGGACCUGUCCUGUGCUCUCCAGAGCUACAUCCACUGCCACAUGACGGUGAGCACUGAGCGAACCAUAACAAACCCAAACAGCCCAUCUAUCUUUCUUGACACAGGGUUAAACUCUCCAGAUUAAUAGCCCCUCCCACAGCCAGCCUGUUAAAAGGUGCGAAUCAGCUUUUAUGGCUCUUGUAAAGACCUUGCCACCCCUGUUGGCCUUAUCGCCACAGUCUCAUGUUGGGACCAUCGUUCAGGUAAUGGAUGUGUUGAAUGAAGUGCCAUUAGUCACGUUAACGCGCUUGUUUGCCAUUAUCUGCCGCGCACAAACAAGCACCUUUGUUAGCGUCAAUCAUCGGCUGCGCUAGGCGAUUGGGACAAAGGAGGGGACAUCUUUCCCCCGGACCUCCACCCCCAUUGUCGUCAAACAAAAGGGGUUGGACGGACAACCAGACACAUGUUGAAUCUCUGUGGGCCUCUGGGAGAGCCAUGGUUUAAUUUGUUGCUACUGUAUUUUCAUGACUGUGAAAUGCAGAUAGUCAGGUCCAUAAUUAUUGGCACCCUUGAUACACAUUUAUUUAUACAAAUACUGUGUAUGCUCCAAAAAAAUGAUUUUAUACUAAUACAAUUGUGCAAAGAAAGAGAUUUUGUUUAACAACUAAUAAAACAAUCUAAAAAAGAUAAGGGUCAAAAUGAUUGGCACCCGUUUUCAAUACUCUAGCACCUUCCCCUUGCGAGGAUAACGACACUGAGACGUUUUCUUAAAUGUUUUAUGAGAUUGGAGAACAUGUUGGGAGGGAUCUUAGACCAGUCCUCCAUACAUAAUCUUUCCAGAUCCUUGAUAUCCUUUGCCUGCUUUUAUGGACUUCCUUCUUAAAUUCAAACUGCAGGUUUUCAAUGGAGUUUAAGUCCGGAGACUGAACAUUUUAGAUUUUUGUGGUCAAUUAACAAUUUCUGUGGAUUUUGAUUAGUGCUUAGGGUUAUUGUCUUGCUGGAAGAUCAUCUUGCGGCCAAGUUUCAGCCCCCUGGCAGAGGCAACCUUGUCUGGCUGACACCAGCUCUCAAAGUCUCCAGCCUUGAGAGUAGGGGUGUGAACGUUUAAACGUUAGAACAUUAAGAAAAAAUCCCUAACUGAAAAACUUUUUUUUAAACAACUACCUAACACAACAAUGCUGUAACGUUAGUAGGAGGAGCUACUUUAUUAGCAGAGCAGCAGCUCAAAUGUGAGUGACGAUGGGAGCGGGGAUGGCAACUAAAUCGACUCGCGCUGGUAGACAAAUUUAUUGCUAGUUAUUUAUCAUCUCAUCUGACUACAUAGUACCUGACUUGACUGCAUCAAACCGAGAGAAGCUAGUUAAGAUGGCCAGCUAGCUAACGUUAGCUAGGCUAAUUUAGACUACAUAACUUCAACUGUACACUUUCUCCCCUUCUGAAUCCUACAGUAACAACAACUCCAUUCAUAUUAUUAAGUAGCAGCCUACCUGGUGUUGUAGCCUGUCCUUCUCAUUUAACUUUUAGUUCUGUCAUUUUAUUUUCCAUCUCCCAUUGAUUAGCAUACAGUGCCCUCAGAAAGUAUUCACACCCCUUGACCUUUUUCCACAUUUUGUUGUGUUACAACCUGAAUUUAAAAUUGAUUAAAUGUAGAUUUUUUUUGUCACUGGCCUAAUGUCAAAGUGGAAUUGUUAUUUGAAAUGUUUACUCAUUUAAUUAAAAAUGCAAAGCUGAAAUGUCUUGAGUCAAUAAGUAUUCAACCGCUUUGUUAUGGCAAGCCUAAAUAAUUUCAGGAGUAAGUAAAAAAUGUGCUUAACAAGUCACAUACUAAGUUGCAUGGACUCACUCUGUGUGCAAUAAUAGUGUUUAACAUUAUUUUUUAAUGACUACCUCAUCUCUGUACGCCACACAUACAAUUAUCUGUAAGGUCUCUCAGUCAAGAAGUGAAUUUCAAACACAGAUUCAAUGACAAAGACCAGGGAGGUUUUCCAAUGCCUUGCAAAGAAGGGCACCUAUUGGUAGAUGGGUAAAAAAAAAGCAGACAUUGAAUAUCCCUUUGAGCAUGGUGAAGUUAUUAAUUACACUUUGGAUGGUGUAUCAAUACACCCAGUCACUACAAAUAUACAGGCAUCCUUCCUAACAGAUGCCGGAGAGGAAGGAAACCGCUCAAGGACUUCACCAUGAGGCCAAUGGUGACUUUAAAACAGUUAGAGUUUAAUGGCUGUGAUAGGAGAAAACUGAGGUUGGAUCAACAACAUUGUAGUUACUCCACAAUGCUAACCUAAUUGACAGAGUGAAAAGGAAGCCUGUACAGAAUAUAAUAUUCCAAGACUUGCAACAAGGAACUAAAGUAACACUGCAAAAAAUGUGGCAACGCAAUUCACUUUUAGUCCUGAAUACAAAGUGUUAUGUUUGGGGCAAAUCCAAUAAAACACAUUACUGAGUACCACUCCAUAUUUUUAAGGGAUGGAUGUUAUGGAUAUGCUUGUAAUCGUUAUGGGCUGGGGGAGUUUUUCAGGAUAAAAAAUAAACGGAAUGGAGCUAAGCACAGGCAAAAACCCUUCAGCAGGACAUUAAUUGAAAAUACAAGGUCAAAUCUACACUGGAGUUGCUUACUCAGAAGACAGUGAGUGUUCCUGAGUGGCCGAGUUACAUUUUUGACUUAAAUCUACUUGAAAAUGUAUGGCAAGACCUGAAAAUGGUUGUCUAGCAAUGAUCAACAACCAAUUUGACAGAGCUUGAAGCGUUUUGAAAAGAGUAAUGGGCAAAUAUUGCACAAUCCAGGUGUGGAAAGCUCUUAGAGACUUACCCAGAAAGACUCACAGCUAUAAUCACUGCCAAAGGUGCUUCUAUAAGGUAUUGACUCAGGGGUUGAUAUAUGACUUAUUUUUUAUUCUUUACAAAUGUAAGAAUUUUUCUUCCAAUUUCAGAUUAUUUUGUGUAGUUUAUUGACAAAAAAUGACAAUUAAAUCCAUUUUAAUACCACUUUGUAACACAAUAAAUGUGGAAAAAGUCAAGGGGUGUGAAUAAUUUCUGAAGGCACUGUAGAUAUUGCCUAAUAACUCUAGCUCUAUCACAGUUUGAUGACUUGUGAUUGGAGGACAACAACAAAAGGGGAGGGGGAAAUUUACAGGCUAUGCUGGGGGUCAUGAGUCCUGUGCUGAAGGGCAAGUGGGCAGGCAUCGCCACAGACACCUACAUGGGCAUCUUUUGUUAAGUUAAACCACUUCUGCCAGUACAUCUUGCAGUACUUGAGGAACACCUUGUUUCCAUAAGCCAUUCCAUAGACAUUCCCUUCCUAAACUAGACUAUAUAGUCUUCAGUCUCUCUAUCUGUGCUGAGCGAUUAACUGAAAUGUUGGUUAUUUUCCGUUUUCUUAACAACUAAUUGACAGACAUCUUGAAAUCCAUUUCAUUCAGUUUUUUUCUGUGAACUCAAUGCGCACAUUGUGCUGCAGUUUCUCUAGAGAUAAAUCGGAUCAUGCCUGAACUGUGCGAUGUAGUAGGGAGUUAUAGUUUCCAACAUGUUCUACAUAGUUUAGCGCAGAAAACGUGAUAAUUGACUACAAUGACCAUAAUCCAUUGUGCGGCUACAUGUCCUGCUACGAAAGAGGCAGAAGAAUGCGCGAUCAAGAGGGGAUACAUAGAGAGCAGUUUCUUCGAGGUGUGUCUACAUGUUCUAAGUGAUUGAUAGUUGGUAUUCAGGUGUCAUAAAAAAAAGUAUGCUUUUAUUUACUUUGAACUACUAAAAGAGUGAUUUUGUCAGACAGCAUAGGCAGCAGCUCUGUAGAGAGGAUGACUUUGAAUGAAAUAGUCAUAAAAUAAAACAAAUGUAAUAUUCACAACAACUGAAAUAUUUCAUUAAAGUAAUGUGAAUAACUGAUGGUUAAUAAGUGAUAAGCAGUCAUGGGCAGUCACUACCAUCAUGGGACUUUUAUUGUUUUAUUCUGUGUUACAGCAUUCAACCCGCAUAGUGCAUUAUUUUUAUUUUAUUUUUUCAAUCGGAAAUUUUUUAUAUAUUAGAACCGAAACUAUGUCAAAAAGCACUAGUGUGUCUGUGUGCAUGUCUGUGUGUGUCACUAGGUCAUGCUGGCACUAGGAUGACAUUCUUUACCAACAGUAUCAUUUGUUGGCAUUGGGAAAUGACACAAAAUGAACACCUCAUUAAAAUACCUUUUUCUGUUUUACGUUGUUUCACUUUGAAGACACUUUCUAUGAGUGGUGAUGGCCCCUAGUAUAGUAGCUAGACAGUCAGCAUGGGCUAUAAUCUAUAGUGUAAAUGAUGCCUUCUCAACAUGGCUCCUCAUGUUUAACACACUCUGUCACUUAAAUAAUGUUGCCUUAUACCACUUUUUAACAUGUGCUCAUAUAUAGUAAUCUCGCCUUCUUUCACCAAAGAACGCAGUUCUCUAAGCUUGCUGAAACUCUCCCAAAAUGCAGGUUUUAAUUUUGAGCCCUACUAUGCUAGUAGGUCUUGCAUAAGCAAAUGUUAUGUGUGGGGUUCCCAUAGUUUAAUCCAGUUUAAGUACUUUCUAGAAUGGCCUUACUGAAGAGCUCAGUGACUUUCAACGUGGCACCGUCAUAGGAUGCCACCUUUGCAACAAGUCAGUUCGACAAAUUUCUGCCCCGCUAGAGCUGCCCCGUUCAAUAGUAAGUGCUGUUAUUGUGAAGUGGAAACGUCUAAGCGCAACAACGGCUCAGCCGCGAAGUGGUUGGCCACACAAGCUCACAGAACGGGACAGACGAGUGCUGAAGCGCGUAGCGCGUACAAAUCGUCUGUCCUCGGUUGCAACACUCACUACCGAGUUCCAAACUGCCUCUGGAAGCAUUGUCCGCACAAGAACUGUUCGUCGGCAGCUUCACGCAAUGGGUUUCCAUGGCCGAGCAGCCGCACACAAGCCUAAGAUCCCCAUGCGCAAUGCCAAGCGUCGGCUGGAGUGCUGUAAAGCUUGCCGCCAUUGGACUGUGUAGCAGUGGAAACACGUUCUCUGGAGUGAUGAAUCAAGCUUCACCAUCUGGCAGGCCGAUGGACGACUCUGGGUUUGGCGGACGCCAGGAGAACGCUACCUGCCCCAAUGCAUAGUGCCAACUGUAAAGGUUGGUGGAGGAGGAAUAGUGGUAUGGGCUGUUUUUCAUGCUUCGGGCUAGGCCCCAGAGUUCCAGUGAAGGGAAAUCUUAACGCUACAGCAUACAAUGACAUUCUAGAUGAUUCGGUCCUUCCAACUUCGUGGUAACAGUUUGGGAAAGGCCCUUUCCUGUUUCAGCAUGACAAUGCCCCCUUGCACAAAGCGAGGUCCAUACAGAAAUGGUUUGUCGAGAUUGGUGUGGAAGAACUUGACUGGCCUGCAUAGAACCCUGACCUUAACCCCAUCCAACACCUUUGGGAUGAAUUGGAACGCUGUUCACCCGACCUCACUAAUGCUCUUGUGGCUGAAUAGAAGCAAGUCCAUGCAGCAAUGUUCCAACAUCUAGUGGAAAGCCUUCCCAGAAGAGUGGAGGCUGUUAUAGCAGUAAAGGGGGGACCAACUCGAUAUUAAUGCCCAUGAUUGAGAUGUUCGACGAGCAGGUGUCCACAUACUUUUGGCAAUGUAGUUGUUAAAAAAGUGUUAAACAAAUCAAAAUAUAUUUUAUAUUUGAGAUUCUUCUAAUAGGCACCCUUUGCCUUGAUGACAGGUUUUCACACUCUUGGCAUUCUCUCAAUCAGCUUCAUGAGGUAGUCACCUGGAAUGCAUUUCAAUUAACAGGUGUGCCUUAUUAAAACUUGUGGAAUUUCUUUCCUUAAUGCGUUUGAGCCAAUCAGUUGUGUUACAGUGGCUUGUGAAAGUAUUCACCCCCUUGGCAUUUUUCCUUUUUUGUUGCCUUACAACCUGGAAUUAAAAUUGAUUUUUUGGGAGGUUUGUGUCAUUUGAUUUACACAACAUGCCUACCACUUUUAAGAUGCAAAAUAUGUUUUAUUGUGAAACAAACAAGAAAUAAGACAAAAACGCCAGACAUAGCAUUUUCCUUGAUGGCCAAAAAGCUCAAUUUUAGUCUCAUCUGACCAGAGUACAUUCUUCCAUAUGUUUGGGGAGUCUCCCACAUGCCUUUUGGCGAACACCAAUUGUGUUUGCUUAUUUUUUUCUUUAAGCAAUGGCUUUUUUCUGGCCACUCUUCCGUAAAGCCCAGCUCUGUGGAGUGUACGGCUUAAAGUGGUCCUAUGGACAGAUACUCCAAUCUCCGCUGUGGAGCUUUGCAGCUCCUUCAGGGUUAUCUUUGGUCUCUUUGUUGCCUCUCUGAUGAAUGCCCUCCUUGCCCGGUCCAUGAGUUUUGGUGGGCGGCCCUCUCUUGGCAGGUUUGUUGUGAUGCCAUAUUCUUUCCAUUUUUUAAAAUAAUGGAUUUAAUGGUGCUCCGUGGGAUGUUCAAUGUUUCAGAUAUCUUUUUAUAACCCAACCCUGAUCUGUACUUCCCCAAAACUUUGUCCCUGACAUGUUUGGAGAGCUCCUUGGUCUUCAUGGUGCCGCUUGCUUGGUUGUGCCCCUUGCUUACUGGUGUUGCAGACUCUGGGGCCUUUCAGAACAGGUGUAUAUAUACUGAGAUUGUGUGACAGAUCAUGUGACACUUAGAUUGCACACGUGGACUUUAUUUAACUAAUUAUGUGACUUCUGAAGGUAAUUAGUUGCACCAAAUCUUAUUUAGGAGCUUCAUAGCAAAGGGGGUGAAUACAUAUGCACGCACCACUUUUCCGUUAUUUUUUUUAAUGUAUUUUUUUGGACCAAUUUUGACUAUUUUGUGUAUGUCCGUUAUAUGAAAUCCAAAUAAAAAUCAAUUUAAAUUAUAGGUUUUAAUGCAACAAUAUAGGAAAAACAAAGCUCUGUACAACAUGGUAGGGGGGUAUACAGACCAUAGCCCUAUUUGGUAAAAGACGAAGUCUAUAUUAUGGCAAGAACAGCUCAAAUAAGCAAAGAGAAACGACAGUCCAUCAUUACGUUAAGACAUGAAGGACAGGCAAUACGGAAAUUUCAAGUGCAGUCGCAAAAACCAUCAGGCGCUAUGAUGAAACUGGCUCUCAUGAGGACCGCCACAGGAAUAGAAGACCCUGAGUUACCUCUGCUGCAGAGGAUAAGUUCAUUAGAGUUACCAGCCUCAGAAAUUGCAGCCCAAAUAAAUCCUUCACAGAGUUCAAGUCACAGACACAUUUCAACAUCAACUGUUCAGAGGGGGCCGUGUGAAUCAGGCCUUCAUGGUCGAAUUGCUGCAAAGAAACCACUACUAAAGGACACCAAUAAGAAGAAGAGACCUGCUUGGGCCAAGAAACACGAGCAAUGGACGUUAGACCGGUGGAAAUGUGUCCUUUGGUCUGGAGUCCAAAUUUGAGAUUUUUGGUUCCAACCCCAGUGUCUUUGUGAGACGUGGUGUGGGUGAACGGAUGAUCUCCGCAUGUGUAGUGCCCACCGUAUAGCAUGGAGGAGGAGGUGGUAUGGUUUGGGGGUGCUUUGCUGGUGACACUGUCUGUGAUUUAUUUAGAAUUCAUGGCACACUUAACCAGCAUGGCUACAACUGCAUUCUACAGCGAUACGCCAUCCCAACUGCUUUGGGCUUAUUGGGACUAUCGUUUGUUUUUCAACAGGACAAUGACCCAACACACCUCCAGGCUGUGUAAGGACUAUUUUACCAAGAAGGGUAGUGAUGGAUUGCUGCAUCAGAUGACCUGGCCUCCACAAUUCCUCAACCUCAACCCAAUUGAGAUGGUUUGGGAUGAGUCGGACCGCAGAGUGAAGGAAAAGCAGCCAACAAGUGUUCUGCAUAUGUGGGAACUCCUUCAAGUCUGUUGAAAAGGCAUUCCAGGUGAAGCUGGUUGAGAGAAUGCCAAUAGUGUGCAAAGCUGUCAUCAAGGCAAAGGGUGGCUAUUUGAAGAAUCUCAAAUAUAAAAUACAUUUUGAUUUGUUUAACACUUUUUUGGUUACUACAUGAUUCUGUAUGUGUUUCAUAGUUGUGAUGUCUUCUAUUAUUCUACAAAUGUAGAAGAUAGUAAAAAUAAAGAAAAACCCUUGAGUAAGUGUGUCCAAACUUUUGACUGGAACUGUAUAUAUGUAUGUAUGUAUGUAUGCAUGUAUGUAUGUACAGUUGAAGUCGGAAGAUUACAUACACCUUAGCCAAAUACAUUUAAACUCAGUUUUCACAAUUCCUGACAUUUAAUCCUAGUAAAAAUUCCCUGUCUUAGGUCAGUUAGGAUCACCACUUUAUUUUAAGAAUGUGGCAUGUCAGAAUAAUAGUAGAGAGAAUUAUUUAUUUCAGCUUUUAUUUCUUUCAUCACAUUCCCAGUGGGUCAGAAGUUUACAUACACUCAAUUAGUAUUUGGUAGCAUUGCCUUUAAAUUGUUUAACUUGGGUCAAACGUUUCAGGUAGCCUUCCACAAGCUUCCCACAAUAAGUUGGGUGAAUUUUGGCCCAUUCCUCCUGACAGAGCUGGUGUAACUGAGUCAGGUUUGUAGGCCUCCUUGCUCGCACAUGCUUUUUCAAUUCUGCCCACACAUUUUCUAUAGGAUUGAGGUCAGGGCUUUGUGAUGGCCACUAAAAAUCCUUGACUUUGUUGUCCUUAAGCCAUUUUGCCACAACUUUGGAAGUAUGCUUGGGGUCAUUGUCCAUUUGGAAGACUCAUUUGCGACCAAGCUUUAACUUCCUGACUGAUGUCUUGAGAUGUUGCUUCAAUAUAUCCACAUACAUUUCCUUCCUCAUGAUGUCAUCUAUUUUGUGAAGUGCACCAGUCCCUCCUGCAGCAAAGCACCCCCACAGCAUGAUGCUGCCACCCCCGUGCUUCACGGUUGGGAUGGUGUUCUUCGGCUUGCAAGCCUUCCCCUUUUUCCUCCAAACAUAACGAUGGUCAUUAUGGCCAAACAGUUCUAUUUUUGUUUCAUCAGACCAGAGGACAUUUCUCCAAAAAGUACGAUCUUUGUCCCCAUGUGCAGUUGCAAACCGUAGUCUGGCUUUUUAAUGGCGGUUUUGGAGCAGUGGCUUCAUCCUUGCCGAGUGGCCUUUCAGGUUAUGUCAAUAUAGGACUCGUUUCACUGUGGAUAUACACUGCUCAAAAAAAUAAAGGGAACACUUAAACAACACAAUGUAACUCCUAGUCAAUCACACUUCUGUGAAAUCAAACUGUCCACUUAGGAAGCAACACUGAUUGACAAUACAUUUCACAUGCUGUUGUGCAAAUGGAAUAGACAACAGGUGCAAAUUAUAGGCAAUUAGCAAGACACCCCCAAUAAAGAAGUGGUUCUGCAGGUGGUGACCACAGACCACUUCUCAGUUCCUAUGCUUCCUGGCUGAUGUUUUGGUCACUUUUGAAUGCUGGCAGUGCUUUCACUCUAGUGGUAGCAUGAGACGGAGUCUACAACCCACACAAGUGGCUCAGGUAGUGCAGCUCAUCCAGGAUGGCACAUCAAUGCGAGCUGUGGCAAGAAGGUUUGCUGUGUCUGUCAGCGUAGUGUCCAGAGCAUGGAGGCGCUACCAGGAGACGUGGAGGAGGCCGUAGGAGUGCAACAACCCAGCAGCAGGACUGCUACCUCCGCCUUUGUGCAAGGAGGAGAUGGAGGAGCACUGCUAGAGCCCUGCAAAAUGACCUCCAGCAGGCCACAAAUGUGCAUUUGUCUGCUCAAACGGUCAGAAACAGACUCCAUGAGGGUGGUAUGAGGGCCCGACGUCCACAGGUGGGGGUUGUGCUUACAGCCCAACGCCGUGCAGGACGUUUGGCAUUUGCCAGAUAACACCAAGAUUGGCAAAUUGCCACUGGCGCCCUGUGCUCUUCACAGAUGAAAGCAGGUUCACACUGAGCACAUGUGACAGACGUGACAGAGUCUGGAGACGCCGUGGAGAACGUUCUGCUGCCUGCAACAUCCUCCAGCAUGACCGGUUUGGCGGUGGGUCAGUCAUGGUGUGGGGUGGCAUUUCUUUGGGGGGCCGCACAGCUCUCCAUGUGCUCGCCAGAGGUAGCCUGACUGCCAUUAGGUACCGAGAUGAGAUCCUCAGACCCCUUUUGAGACCAUAUGCUGGUGCGGUUGGCCCUGGGUUCCUCCUAAUGCAAGACAAUGCUAGACCUCAUGUGGCUGGAGUGUGUCAGCAGUUCCUGCAAGAGGAAGGCAUUGAUGCAAUGGACUGGCCCGCCCGUUCCCCAGACCUGAAUCCAAUUGAGCACAUCUGGGACAUCAUGUCUUGCUCCAUCCACCAACGCCAUGUUGCACCACAGACUGUCCAGGAGUUGGCGGAUGCUUUAGUCCAGGUCUGGGAGGAGAUCCCUCAGGAGACCAUCCGCCACCUCAUCAGGAGCAUGCCCAGGCGUUGUAGGGAGGUCAUACAGGCACGUGGAGGCCACACACACUACUGAGCCUCAUUUUGACUUGUUUUAAGGACAUUACAUCAAAGUUGGAUCAGCCUGUAGUGUGGUUUUCCACUUUAAUUUUGAGGGUGACUCCAAAUCCAGACCUCCAUGGGUUGAUAAAUUUGAUUUCCAUUGAUAAUUUUUGUGUGAUUUUGUUGUCAGCACAUUCAACUAUGUAAAGAAAAAAGUAUUUAAUAAGAUUAUUUCAUUCAUUCAGAUCUAGGAUGUGUUAUUUUAGUGUUCCCUUUAUUUUUUUGAGCAGUGUAGAUACUUUUGUACCUGUUCUCUCCAUCUUCACAAGGUCCUUUGCUGUUGUUCUGGGAUUGAUUUGCACUUUUCGCACCAAAGUACGUUCAUCACUAGGAGACAGAACGCUUCUCCUUCCUGAGCGGCAUGAUGGCUGCGUGGUCGCGUGGUUUUUAUACUUGCAUACUAUUGUUUGUACAGAUGAACGUGGUACCUUCAGGUGUUUAGAAAUUGCUCCCAAGGAUGAACCAGACUUGUGGAGGUCUUUUUUUCUGUGGUCUUGGCUGAUUUCUUUUGAUUUUCCCAUGAUGUCAAGCAAAGAGGUACUAAGUUUGAAGGUAGGCCUUGAAAUACAUCCACAGGUACACCUCCAAUUAACUCAUAUGAUGUAUAUUAGCCUAUAAGAAGCUUCUAAAGCCAUGACAUAAUUUUCUGGAAUUUUACAAGCUGUUUAAAGGCACAGUCAAAUUAGUGUAUGUAAACUUCUGACCCACUGGAAUUGUGAUACAGUGAAUUAUAAGUGAAAUAAUCUGUCUGUAAACAAUUGUUGGAAAAAUGACUUGUGUCAUGCACAAUGUACAUGUCCUAACCGACUUGUGAAAACUAUAGUUUGUUAACAAGAAAUUUGUGGAGUGGUUGAAAAAAUGAGUUUUAUUGACUCCAACCUAUGUGUGUAAACUUCUGACUUCAACUGUAUGUAUGCAUGUAUGUAUGCAUGCAUGCAUGUACAGUUGAUGUCGGUAGUUUACAUACACUUAGGUUGGAGUCAUUAAAACUUGUUUAUCAACCACUCCACAAAUUUCUUGUUAACAAACUAUAGUUUUGGCAAGUCGGUUAGGACAUCUACUUUGUGCAUGACACAAGUAAUUUUUAAAACAAUUGUUUGCAGACAGAUUAUUUCACUGUAUCACAUUUCCAUUGGGUCAGAAGUUUACAUACACUAAGUUGACUGUGCCUUUAAACAGCUUGGAAAAUUCCAGAAAAUUAUGUCAUGGCUAUAUAAGCUUCUGCUAGGCUAAUUACAUCAUUUGAGUCAAUUAGAGGUGUACCUGUGGAUGUAUUUCAAGGCCUACCUUCAAACUCCGUGCUUCUUUGCCUGACAUCAUAGGAAAAUCAAAAGAAAUCUGCCAAGACCUCAGAAGAAAAUUUUGUUUAUUUGGUUCAUCCUUGGGAGCAAUUUCCAAACGCCUGAAGGUACCACGUUAAUCUGUACAAACAACAGUACGCAAGUGUAAACACCAAGGGACCAUACAGCCGUCAUACCGCUCAGGAAGGCGACGCGUUCUGUCUCCUAGAGUUGAACGUACUUUGGUGCAAAAAGUGCAAAUCAAUCCCAGAACAACAGCAAAGGUCGUUGUGAAGAUGCUGGAGGAAGCAGGUACAAAAGUAUCUAUAUCCACAGUAAAACGAGUCUUAUACAGUGAGGGAAAAAAGUAUUUGAUCCCCUGCUGAUUUUGUACGUUUGCCCACUGACAAAGAAAUGAUCAGUCUAUAAUUGUAAUGGUAGGUUUAUUUGAACAGUGAGAGACAGAAUAACAACAAAAAAAUCCAGAAACACGCAUGUCAAAAAUGUUAUAAAUUGAUUUGCAUUUUAAUGAGGGAAAUAAGUAUUUGACCCCCUCUCAAUCAGAAAGAUUUCUGGCUCCCAGGUGUCUUUUAUACAGGUAACGAGCUGAGAUUAGGAGUACACUCUUAAAGGGAGUGCUCCUAAUCUCAGCUUGUUACCUGUAUAAAAGACACCUGUCCACAGAAGCAAUCAAUCAAUCAGAUUCCAAACUCUCCACCAUGGCCAAGACCAAAGAGCUCUCCAAGGAUGUCAGGGACAAGAUUGUAGACCUACACAAGGCUGGAAUGGGCUACAAGACCAUCGCCAAGCAGCUUGGUGAGAAGGUGACAACAGUUGGUGUAAUUAUUCGCAAAUGGAAGAAACACAAAAUAACUGUCAAUAUCCCUCGGCCUGGGGCUCCAUGCAAGAUCUCACCUCGUGGAGUUGCAAUGAUCAUGAGAACGGUGAGGAAUCAGCCCAGAACUACACGGGAGGAUCUUGUCAAUGAUGUCAAGGCAGCUGGGACCAUAGUCACCAAGAAAACAUUUGGUAACACACUACGCCGUGAAGGACUGAAAUCGUGCAGCGCCCGCAAGGUCCCCCUGCUCAAGAAAGCACAUAUACAGGGCCGUCUGAAGUUGGCCAAUGAACAUCUGAAUGAUUCAGAGGAGAACUGGGUGAAAGUGUUGUGGUCAGAUGAGACCAAAAUGGAGCUCUUUACAUAAUCUCAACUCGCCGUGUUUGGAGGAGGAGGAAUGCUGCCUAUGACCCCAAGAACACCAUCCCCACCAUCAAACAUGGAGGUGGAAACAUUAUGCUUUGGGGGUGUUUUUCUGCUAAGGGGACAGGACAACUUCACCGCAUCAAAGGGACGAUGGACGGGGCCAUGUACCGUCAAAUCUUGGGUGAGAACCUCCUUCCCUCAGCCAGGGCAUUGAAAAUGGGUUGUGGAUGGGUAUUCUAUCAUGACAAUGACCCAAAACACACGGCCAAGGCAACAAAGGAGUUGCUCAAGAAGGAGCACAUUAAGGUCCUGGAGUGGCCUAGCCAGUCUCCAGACCUUAAUCCCAUAGAAAAUCUGUGGAGGGAGCUGAAGGUUCGAGUUGCCAAACGUCAGCCUCGAAACCUUAAUGACUUGGAGAAGAUCUGCAAAGAGGAGUGGAACAAAGUCCCUCCUGAGAUGUGUGCAAACCUGAUGGCCAACUACAAGAAACGUUUGACCUCUGUAACAAGGAUUUUGCCACCAAGUACUAAGUCAUGUUUUGCAGAGGGGUCAAAUACUUAUUUCCCUCAUUAAAAUGCAAAUAAAUUCAUAACAUUUUUGACAUGCGUUUUUCUGGAUUUUUUUGUUGUUCUUCUGUCUCUCAAUGUUCAAAUAAACCUACCAUUAAAUUAAUUAUAGACUGAUCAUGUCUUUGUCAGUGAGCAAACGUACAAAAUCAGCAGGGGAUCAAAUACUUUUUUCCCUCACUGUGUCGACAUAACCUGAAAAGCCCGUCCAGCAAGGAAGAAGCCACUGCUCCAUAACCAACAUAAAAAAGCCAGACUACGGUUUGCAACUGCACAUGGGAACAAAGAUUGUACUUUUUGGAGAAAUGUACUCUGGUCUGAUGAAACAAAAAUAGAACUGUUUGGCCAUAAUGACCAUCGUUAUGUUUGGAGGAAGAAGGGGGUGCUUGCAAGCCCAAGAACACCAUCCUAACCGUGACGCACGUGGGUGGCAGCAUCAUGCUGUGGGGGUGCUUUGCUGCAGGAGGGACUGGUGCACUUCACAAAAUAGAUGGCAUCAUGAGGAAGGAAAAUUAUGUGAAGCAACGUCUCAAGACAUCAGUCAGGAAGAUAAAGCUUGGUCGCAAAUGGGUCUUCCAAUUGGACAAUGACCCCAUGCAUACUUCCGAAGUUGUGGCAAAAUAGCUUAAGGACAACAAAGUCAAGGUAUUGGAGUGGCCAUCACAAUGCCCUGACCUCAAUCCUAUAGAACAUUUGUGGGCAGAACUGAAAAUGUGUGUGUGAGCAAGGAGGCUUACAAACCGGACUCAGUUACAUCAGCUCUGUCAGGAGGAAUGGGCCAAAAUUCACCCAACUUAUUGUGGGAAGCUUGUGGAAGGCUACCUGAAACGUUUGACCCAAGUUAAACAAUUUAAAGGUAAUGCUGCCAAAUACUAAUUGAGUGUAUGUAAACUUCUGAACCACUGGGAAUGUUAUGAAAGAAAUUAAAAGCUGAAAAAAAUCAUUCUCUCUACUAUUAUUCUGACAUUUAACAUUCUUAAAAUAAAGUGGUGAUCCUAACUGACCUGAGACAGGGAAUUUUUUUUAGGAUUAAAUAUCAGGAAUUGUGAAAAACUGAGUUUAAAUGUAUUUGACUAAGGUGUAUGUAAACUUCCGACUUCAACUGUACAUACAUACACACACACACACAGUGCAUUCGUCAUGUAUUCAGACCCUUUGACUUUUUCCAUAUUUUGUCGUUACCUUAUUCUAAAAUUGAUUAAAUAGUUUUUUUCCCUCAUCAAUCUACACACAAUACCCCAUAAUGACAAAGCAAAAACAGAUUAAUUUUUUUGUGUACAUUUAUUAUAAAUAAAUAAAAAACACAUUUACAUAAAUAUUCAGACCCUUUCCUCAGUAUUUUGUUGAAGCACCUUUGGCAGCGAGUACAGCCUCGUGUCUUCUUGGGUAUGACACUACAAGCUUGGCAGACCUGUAUUUGGUGAGUUUCUCCCAUUCUUCUCUGGAGAUCCUCUCAAGCUCUGUCAGGUUGGAUGGGGAGCGUCGCUGCACAGCUAUUUUCAGGUCUCUCCAGAGAUGUUAAAUCGGGUUCAAGUCCGGGCUCUGGCUGGGCCACUCAACGACAUUCAGAGACUUAUUCCGAAGCCACUCCUGCGUCGUCUUGGCUGUGUGCUUAGGGUCAUUGUCCUGUUGGAAGGUAAACCUUCACCUCAGUCUGAGGCCCUGAGCGCACUGAAGCAGGUUUUCAUGAAGGACCUCUCUGUUCUUUGCUUUGUUCAUCUUUCCCUCGUUCCGGACUAGUCUCCUAGUCCCUGCCGCUGAAAAACAUCCCGACAGCAAGAUGCUGCCACCACCAUGCUUCACCGUAGGGAUGGUGCCAGGUUGGCCAAACAGUUCAAUCUUGGUUUUAUCAGACCAGAGAAUCUUGUUUCUCAUGGUCUGAGAAUUCUUUAGGUGCCUUUUGGCAAACUCCAAGCGGGCUGUCAUGUGAUUUUUACUGCGGAGUGGCUUCCGUCUGGCCACUCUACCAUAAAGGCCUGAUUGGUGGAGUGCUGCAGAGAUGAUUGUCCUUCUGGAUGUUUUCUCCCAUCUCCACAGAGGAUCUCUAGAGCUCUGUCCAUCGAGUUCUUGGUCACCUCCCUGACCAAGGCCCUUCUCCCCUGAUUGCUCAGUUUUUCCAGGCGGCCAGCUCUAGGAAGAGUCUUGGUGGUUCCAAACUUCUUCCAUUUAAGAAUGACGGAGGCCACUGUGUUCUUGGUGACCUUCAAUGCUGCAGACAUUUUUUGGUACCCUUCCUCAGAUCUUUGCCUCAACACAAUCCUGUCUCGGAAGUCUACGGACAAUUCCUUCGACCUUAUGGCUUGGUUUUUGGCUUGGUUUUUUGACUGUUUGAGGUUGUGGACAGUUGACUUUUAUACUGAUAACAAGUUCAAACAGGUGCCAUUAAUACAGGUAACGAGUGGAGGACAGAGGAGCCUCUUAAAGAAGAAGUUACAGGUCUGUGAGAGCCAGAAAUUUUUUUUUCUCAAUUUGUCUGUCAUAGUUGACGUGUACCUAUGAUGAAAAUUACAGGCCUCUCUCAUCUUUUUAAGUGGGAGAACUUGCACAAUUGGUGGCUGACUAAAUACUUUUUUUCCCCACUGUAUAUAUAUAUAUUUUUUAAAUAUGUGCAAAAAAAUCUAAAUCUGUUUUUGCUUCGUAAUUAUGGGGUAUUGUGUGUAGAUUGAGGAAAAUUAAUUGAAUAUAUUUUAGAAUAAGGCUGUAACGUAACAAAAUGUGGAAAAAGUCAAGGUCUGAAUACUUUCCGAAUGCACUCUGUAUGUAUAUAUGUAUAUAUAAAAAAUCUAGCACUGAAACAAAACGUAGGCUGAAAAGAUGUCAUAGGAAAAGACACCGUAUUCACACUGAUUUGUCACUUCAAGCCCAAAUAUAUCAUACUUUGACUAAAACAAUGUCUUAUUGACUUAAAUCGUUGUGCAACAUCAUGGGUAAGCUUUGGCCCAUCGUCUUUCAGCUCGAAAAAGUGGAUUUCACAAGGGCCCCAGGACCAGCGAAUGCAAAAUAACCCCAUAACAUCAAAGAUCCACCACCAUAUUUUACCGUAGGCAUGAGGUACUCUAAUGCAUAUGCUUUAUUUUUCAACUCCAAACCCACCUAUGGUAUGCGUGGCCAAAGACCUCUAUUUUCAUGUAAUCUAACCAUAGUACCGGUUCCAAUCCAAGUGCCAAUGCCGUUUAUCAAACUCCACGGUGCUAUGGUCAGAUGACAUGAAAAUGUAGCUCUUUGGCCUCGCACGCCAGUGGUGGGUUUGGUUUAGAAAAACAGAAGCAUAUGCAGAAAAGUACCUCAUGCCUAUGGUAAAAUAUGUUGGUGGAUCUUUGAUGUUAGGGGUUAUUUUGCUUCCGCUGGUCUUGUGGCCUUUGUUUAGGUAAACUUCAUCAUGAACUUUACCAGGAUAUUUUAGCCAAAAACCUGGUUGCCUUUGCCAGGAGGCUGACACUUGGCCGCAAGUGGGUCUUCCAGCAAGACGUUAACCCCAAGCACACAUCCGGACUUGAACCCCAUUGAAACCUGUGGUUUGAACUGAAGAGAGCAUUUGUUACGUGAAUUAUUUAACAAACUAUUUCAGUGUCUCUGUGCGUCUCCCAAAAGGUUGUAAGUCUUUUGGGAUUUAAGUAACGGACAGAGUCUCGAUCUGCAUAGUCAGAGAUUUAUUCAUUGAGAAUUCUGCCAUCACAAUUUCAGAGUCCAUCUUUCAUACUCAUACAAAAACAAAUCCCUCCCCUCUGUAGGCGGGCUGUAGUUUUCCACUCUAAAACUGCUCUACUGACCAUCAGUUCACACACACACAUAUACACACAUGCAUACACACAUACAUACACACACACACACACACACACACACAUAGCCUACUCCCUGCAUUACUCAGUUAUUGCCGUUCUCACAAUAUUCUGCACCAUGUUUUCAUAACAGUUUCUCUACUCCCUAAAUUCCUCAGUUAUCAGUUGCCUUUGUUGUCUGGCCUAACUCUUACUCACAUUGCUAAAUAGUGGCUCAAUGCCAUAGCCUUUACUGGUCCUACACUCACACAUUUCUAACACAUUACACACUGUUUCAGGGUGUAAUAAUUAGUCAUUAAUAAUUCAUCUAUCAGCAUUCCAUAAGCGCAGAUGAAGGAUAUCAAGGAUCCUCGCAAAGGUAGGGUGCUGGAGUAUUGAAAACAGGGCUGCCAAUAAUUGAGAGAUUUAUUUUAUUUUAUUAUUUGUUAAACAAAAUCUCUCUGAGCAAUUGUAUUAGUAUAAAAUAAUAUUAUUUUCAAAAAUGUUGCGCCUGCAAUAUAGCUCAGUAUUUCUAUUUAUUUUAAACCGGUUUUUUGCUCAUCUUUAUCAAGGGUGCCAAUAAUUAUGGACCUGACCGUUGAAAUUGUCACAGGUUUUGUCGUUGCACCAUUGUAGUGAGACAGUAUUUGAUUGGAAUCAACAGUAUUUCUGCAUCAUUAGUGUAUGGAGGAAGGGCUUUAAUAGGGUUAGCUACAGUAUGUGAGGAAAAGGGUUCAUCCCCUUGGAAAGGCACCAUUUUCCAAUUACAUCAACUGUAACGUGUGUGUGUGAGAGAAUGUGUUUUCCAAUUACAUUAACUGUAACAUCUGUGCGUGUAUGUGUGUACAGGAGAGGGAAGAAGGCUCCAAGAAGGGAGCUGAGGACCCUGAUCCCUCACAGCUACACAGAGUGAGGAACACCGCAGCCAAGCUGUUCCAGCUCAACCAGGCCAUCAGGCAGCUUCACGCUGCUCUCUCUCUCGCCCUCCGAGGUACUGACCGUCUGGCCUAUGUGAAACAUUGCUACAAAAACACAAUGCCUGUGAUUUAACUGACCUAAAUGGCUUCCUUUUGAUUUCCUUUUUAUUUUGUGACUUCAACUUUGUGCUUGAUAGAUUUGAGCAAUAUUGUGGAACUGUAAACAUGUGUUUCUAUUAUCUACCCAUCAUUAGUCUAAUCAUCCAGGAAAGCUAGAUUCUGGCCACUAUAGGGACCCAAAGAAAUCAAACGACAAAUGAAAUACAUGUAUUUAACUCUUUCUCAGGUAAAAGCAGUGACUCCAGCCUCAGUGCCUGCCGAGAGGCUAUCUCCACCUCCUCCAAGACCAUCGACAAAGUCAUUAACGGCCUCCCCAGGGGCGGCACAGGGGUGGCCACCGUCUCAUCUAACCUACAGCUGCCCUGCCUGCAGACAGUCAUGGCAGCCCGGGACGAGCUCCACUCUGCCCUGCAGUCCCUGAGUACUGCCUUCAACCCCCAGGGCCCUGAGGAGAAGAGGGGGUCUUCUGGCUCAGAGAAGAGCACACGGGAAAGGGGUCCGGUGAAGGAGGGGCCCCUG